AAGAACCACUACGAGUCUAUAUCGUGUGGAAGAAGUAAUAAUACCGCGGCGACUGCCAAAUGGCCCAGUAUUAGCUUCCAUGUGGUUUUGACUCGACUGUGGCACCACCGCGCGAGCUCAUUUACUAUUAUUUUUUUCGAAUUUCGUGUUGAAAUGGAGUGUCUUUCUCCGCGAAUCGGUGUUCGAAAAAAAUUUUCCGAUCGAUAAAAUGCGUGAUUAGUGCGAAAGUUAUUAUACACAUUUAUUAUCGUUAUUACCUGAUAGGUGAGGUGUCUAUUAUUCGCAGUUUUUGACAAAAAUGAACAGUAUAAAAUGAAGUGUUUAUUAUUGUUGUUAGUUUUGAUUGUCGUGCAAACUUCACAUCAAUUCAGAGGUAAAUAAUAUUUAUUAUUAGUAUAGAAAGCUGUGAUUUUUUAUUUUUUUGAAGAAGAAGAAAUUUCUAGUAAAAAUAAAUAAAACAAAUGUACUAUCAGUUAUACGGCUUAUGUUUUGAAAAAAAAAAUCAUUUGUGUUCUCAUUGUAGUUGAAAUAACUAAAUUCAGUGAUUUGUUAAAAUGAGUAAAAAUGAGUGCUUACAAAGUGCUUAAUAGUACUUACUUACUUGGUGUACCUAUAAAACAAAUCUGUACUAUUGAAACUAUCAAAACGCAUACUAAUUUAAAGUUAAAUAAACUUAGAAAUUUGUAUAUAAUAUGUAUGUUGUUUGUAUGCACGCGAUUAAAUUAGUCAGAAAUGGGCCAAAUCAAUUAGGAUAAGUUUUGAGUUAUUUGAAUUUUUUUGACUAUAUUUUUUGACUAUUUGACUAUAGUUCGUUUAAAGUGACCAAGGAAAGCAAUAAUAAAUCAUUCAAAGUUAUAAAGUACGAAAAUACGUAACUAAAUUUGUAACUAUACUAUUUUCCAUCCAAAUCCAAAAUGUAAGUAGGAAAUUUUGUUGAACUGUUGUAUAUACGCGUAUAUACUAUAUCAUAAAUAUAUAUAUAACUUGUAGUUUAUUAGCCAGCUACAAUGAAUGGUCCAUGAACAUUAGCCAAAAAUUCUAGUUACAAAAGCCAAAUAUUAAUUAAUAUUUUCUCGGAGUUUUCGUUUUAUUCCGUAAAGAUGUUACAAUUCGUUUUCAUAUUUCUUGUAAACUCUAUAUAUUAAAAUAUUAUAAACAUUUUUAUUUGAAGACUUUAUUUAAAAAGUUUUCAAAUAGUAAAUAGUAGCAAAUAGCCCCUACGUAAUAAUUCUGCGAAAAUUGUAAUAUUUAUAUCAUGUAGCCUAUUCAUGGUAUAUUAUUAUGGUAUCUGGGUAUUUUCGAAGGGAUAAAAUUGUAUUCACAUUGGACAUAUUAAUGUUAUGUUUUUACAUUGUAUUCAACUAAGUAUCAUAUUCAAAAAAAUAAAAUCGAUUUAGUACGUAGGUUUAUUAUAUUUAAUGUAUACCUAAGUAAUCCAAAUACAUUAAACUAUAAAUUGCCUAACCGUUUAAUUAGGAGCCUAGGUACAUUGUUCCAUUAAAUAUAGGCGGUUGAGUUGUUAUUUUUAAACCGAUAACUCUGAUAACCACUCAGUAUAUUGUAUUAUACUUGGUGUACGAGUAUAUAUGCGAAUUUUUAUAUAUUACAUGUCUAAUGAUGUAUACCCAGAUUAUUGUUGUUUUAUACAUUACAAUUGCGCUCGUGCGUCAUAUUUUAUUGCACGUGACUAGUGUGUUGUCCACAUUUUAAUGCCGCUUAAUGUGCACUAUAUACUACUAUAUACUAUGUCUUCUGAAGUUACAAGUUAAUUAUUUAUUACACGUGAUCUUGGUAGGUACUAUAAACUAUACAAUAGUUCAGUUUAAAUCCCUUUGGUGCCUUUAAAAGUAACCGCGUUAACUAACCUGAUUACGCUCUUAAAAUUAAUAUUAAAAUUAUUAGUUGGAGCUUAUAACUUAUGACACUAUUAUAAUAUGUAACGAAUCAAAUAUGUAUUUUAUGAUUUACUAUUAUAGGGAAAUUAGAUAUCUGUAUUACCUACAUUAGUCAUCUUAUCCUUUUGUCUAUUUUUAUUAGCAAGCCUAAAACCAUAUAAGUGUAAAUGAAAGAGGGUAUUUUUUUAAAUUCAACUGUCUCCAAACGCUUCCUAGAAUAUCAAUAUAGAAAAAUUAGGUUUAUGUAAUUACAUUUAAGUUUUGAUAUCGAAAUGUCGUGUGACAUAAAGUUGCAUUUUAGUUUAUGUGCCCAUAUAGACUAAAUUAUAUAUGAUCCCCUUUUAACUACCUACUUAGCAUUAAAUGGUGAUUAGGACAAUUUUUUUUAAUAGGGGUUAGGGGGUUUAUGCUUUAGGUCAUAUAAUAUUAUAAUGGAAACGGAAGUAAUAAUUUUGUUGAAUUGUAAUUUCCUGUGAAAUAUAAUUGCACUUAAGUAUUAUUAUCAUCUGACACAUCAAGACUACCUACUUAAAUUAAACAGGAACGUAUUUUAUAUAAUGUUUUUUUAGAUUCGGAGUUUAUUUUGUUUUUAAAUCAUACAUAUUAUCGUACUGUAAUAUUAUAAUAAAAUAAUCGUAAUUAAAAAUAUUUACAAUUGGACAUCGAAAAAACAUACGUGUUGAAAACCUGAAUAAUAUUUAUCCUAUAGAUAAAUAUGUUAUCCGUUAUGUUUAAUUAUGGAUUAAAUAUAUAUUAUUUAGUAUUUUUAUAAAAAUACGAUAUGGAUAUCUAUUACCUACACAUAAUUAAAAUUACGUUUAUAAUAUUUGUAUUUUAUGAAUAGUAUCACCAACUAUCAACUAUAUCUAAACGUUUUAAAAGUUGAAUUUAAUUCAAAUUUUAAGUAAGUAUAGUAGUAGACAAUGGUUGAAUGGUGAUAAAUGAAUGAUUCGGUGUAGACAUAGGUAUUAAUUUUCUUGAAAAUGUAUGCAUUCAAAAAUUUAAAUUAGUAGGUAAUACACUAAUACGAAUAAGUUAACGAGCGUUAGUUAUGAAUAAUAUUAUAUUAUGGCAUAUAAAUUUAUUGUACUAUUGAAAAUCUAUAAACAACUAUUUACCACAUUUGGUUAUUAUAAUUUACAUUUAAUUACAAACAAAUGCGGUGUCUUUCACGCUGGGCGGUAAGCGCGUAUAGUAUAAAGCAUCUGUUUUCACACCUAUUUGCACAUGUGGUUUACCACUUCACCUUUGCCCGCUUUACUUUGCACCACUUUGGGAUUUACUAUGUACAUUUUCAGUGGGAACCUCUUAUAAAAUUAUUUCUCGCUAACCAAUCUCCCAGUUGAGUACCGCUCAAAAAAAUAUUUUAAACGUUUUUUAUUCGAUUUAAUUGCAAUUUUCUACGUUUUAGAAUUUAGAUUUUGAGUGUACCGAUGAGUGUAUUAGUUUUCUUACCUGUAAUUUAUGUAUUUUUUUCUGCUUGUAAACGAAUUUUAUAUCCAGAAAUCUUCAUCAUCAAGUGUAGCAUAUUGUUAAUAAUUCAUAAAAACUGGGCCAGUUCACGCAAUAACGGUUACCGUUUUUUUUUCCGAAUAUUUAUUAUUAGCUCUUUUUAAAACAUAUAGUAAAUAUUUCAAAAUAUUACGGUUUGUUUUUAUCAAUUUAUAGUUAUUUGAAAUGUUCGGGGUUUUUAUUUUUAUUUUGGUUUUAUGUGCACAAGAUUGUUUGGAUUUUGCAAAAAUGCUCGAAAAUUGUACACAAAGUUCAUCAUAAAGUUGUACUUAUAGAGGUAAAAAAAAAAACAGUUCAACACUAUGUGUCUUUUUUUUUUUAAUAUGCGUUAAAAAUCUAAAAUUGUAAAAAUCACGGCUUUUCAAAACACGUUUCAUCAAACGUCGUUCAUAAUCAUUUGCAAUAAUCGUUAGAAAUAAUUUACUGUUGUGUACGGAUAUAAAUUAAAUUUAUCUAUGUAUAUCCUAUAUAAUUCCUUAACUUUUUAUUAUCAUUAUUAUUAUUUUCUUCUAACAUCAUUCCAUUUCUACACGUUUUAGAUUUUAAAAAAAGGAUUCCCUACCCCACGAUCGGCAACAAAAAUAUGUUCUUUCUUUAUUUACAAUGAACAGUCACCACGUGCACCGUAUAAGCGUUCGUGUUCUGACGUUUAAGUAUAACAUAUAAUAUUUUAUUUGGGAUAAAUACUCUUAAGAUUUCUGUUAUUGCCCCCAUUGUUUGAUUUUAAUCUAUAUAUAUGUUCACGUCAAUAUAGUGAAUAUAAGGCGAUAGAAUGUAAUAUCACAUUGUGAAAUCUAUACCUAGCUUAUGUUUUACUCAAAUAGUUUACCAAUGCAUGUGUGUGGAUAAGGGAACUUUGGAAAUUAUAUUGUUUUAUUCUAGACAAAUAUUUUAUUUGACAUAACCGACGCGUAAGUGUAUUUGAAAUAUUACUCGAUUUUGGUAUACAUGUAUAUUUUAUUAUCUAUAAUCAAGUUACAAAUAUAUAUACAUAUAUGCAUUUCUGAAUAUUGUUGUUUAUUUGGAUAAAAUUAUAUUUUUUAAAUAUUUUAUAUUAGGUAUAUUGUAUUUUACUAUUUUAUUGUUUUUUACGUGAAGUAUAAUCGAGUUUCUGCAGAAUUUGUAUAUAUAAUCGUAAUUCGUAAUAUUAUCUUUUACUAUUAACUUAAUAUUAAGUUAAAAAAAAAGAAGAAAUUUAAUCACAAUAUUAGUAUAAUGAUUGGAAAAUAUAAAAACGUGUAUGUUUUAAUAAAGAUUUAUAACAUAAUAUAUUUACUUUAAAAUAAAUAUGUUGAAUUGAUGAAUAGAUACAAAUAUACAAUAUAUUAAAUAUACCUAAACAAAAAUUAAUUUGGAAUAAUAUUUGUUUGGUUUUUUUUUUUUUUAUUGUAAAGAAGACAUUUUAUAUUCUACUUAUUUUAUUUGACACGUUUUUUAUAUUAAAAUAGUAUUAUAAUAUAUAGAAUUUGAAACUGGGUUUUAAUAUUUUUGAUAGAUGAUGAUCAGUGUAUUAUAUCAUAAAUAGCAAGUUGUCCCCCGAUAUUAUCAUCGACAUGUAGGCCCCUCGAGCGCGUGUUUUUUCUUCGAUGCCAUUUUUAGAAUUCUAUCAUCUAUAAAUAUUCCGUUGGCCGGACAACAACAACCGCUAAUGUUUCUUGCUCGGGCGUAUUUGAAAUAUUUUUUACGGUCCAACCGUCCAAUAACUUACAAUCAGCUGCUUCCUGUCAAUCAAAUGCAUAUGUUACCACAAUAAUCGACACUCUAAAAAACUAAAAACAAAAACGUAUUAAAUAUGUACAAUUAUAUAUUUGAGCUCAUAGGUAUAUUCAAAUAUUCCUAGAAAAAUCAGCAAAUAUUAUAUUAGUACAGUACACCUGUCGUUAGAAUAUUUUUUUCGCUAUACUAUUAUUACAGUUUUCUUUAUUGUCACUAGUUAUGUACGUUCCUAAUUUAUUAAAUUCAAUUUCGAAUAUCAACUUAAUAGAUUUUUAUUAUUUACAUAUUAUAUAGUUUUAAAGUAAAAUUCAUUGUGCGAGGUUAACAAUUACCAAACCGCUUUUAUAUAUUAUAUAUUGAACUAUUUUCAGUAGUUGUAUUCGAUUUUAUUCGAAAUCGAAUAUGAAAAAUAAUAUUGUGAAUAAACGUAUUAUACGUAAUACAUUAUUUUUAUUUUAGUGCAUCUAUCUAUAUGUUAAAUGCUAUAUAAUAGUAUUUAAUUUAGGUAUAUAUUUAAGGUGCAUUUCUUCGGCAACCCCCAAUUAAUAUUUUAAAACAAACUUAGGAUAAAAAAAACCACUCCUAAUUCGGUUCUAAAUUAUUUACUGGGGGAAUGCAAUACUAUUUAAUUUGCUUAAUAAAAAAUAAAUUAGAACAACAUAUAGUUUCCAUCAAAUUACGAAGUGCCAACACUAGUUUGAUUAUUUCCUAUGUGUAGCCUAUACCUAUAUAAAUCUAUAUAAUAUAGGUGUAUAAUUUUAAUACCUACAAGUAGUUUGGCGUUCACUGAAUAUUGUAGACCCGUAAACGUACUUAUAUAGGUUUAUCACGAAUAUUCACGCAUCAAAACGCUGAUUUAAAUACAGACGUUUUGGUCCUGGGAUCGGUAGCAAUCGUAUAAAUUAUCCGAGUUUGAAAUUUAGUGGUCAGUCUGAAUCAGUUUACCUUAACGGAAACUUUUACUUGAGGGACUCGGGACCAAUAUUAUAGACUCAAGGUGCGUGAUACUGCAUUACUGCAAGACAUCACGGAUUCCGUGCGAAAUUCGAUACACCCGAAAUCGCAUAAAAACGUUUUGCGUUUAUAAGGAAUAAUAGCGUAAAAUAAUAUCCACACGUCGGAUAGUUUGGGCACUGCUCUUUUUAGUUGUUUCAAUUGACAUUUUGGUAGUUUGCGAAAUAGUUCGUACAUACGUAGCAGUGUAUAGUCGUGUGGGUACUCUACUCGUAUAAAAUAAUAUGAAAGUUCCGAAAACCCUGUAUAAUCGAGUAUAGGUACACUCAGUGGUUAAAACGGAAACAAUUUCGAGAAAGUAGGGUACUAUAUUUAUCAAAAAUUGAAGUGCGUUUUCGUGAACUCAAUUAAACUUCCAGAAAACCUAUAUGGAAUCAAGAUUUGAUAAUGUUUUUUCUCCUACGCACAUUUGUUUAUAAAGUUGUUCAAAUUAAAUUUAACAUUAUACCUCAAUGACAAUAAUUACUAAAUAAACGUUCCCCCAGACUUCGAAGACUUGAACUUAAGAGAACGGAUAAUUUAAAAUACGUACCCCCGCCCUCACUUUAACCACUGGGUACACUAAAAAAUUACAGAGGCGAGUGAAUAAUGUUAUAAUAUAUUAUUAUAAUAUUAUAAUAAUAUAUUGCCGACAGAGUGUAAAUAAUAAUGAUAGUUAUUAUGCAAACGUUUGCUGAAAAGAUGAAUCGAAACGAAAUCUUUCGUGACGCUUUACGUGUGGUCAUCGUUGUUGGCGACAAAUCUGAGAAGAUAUAUUUCGUAUUUGCAACGUGACAGAGGUAAACAAUACCACAUAUAUGUAGAUAGGUAGGUAUUAUUAUUAUUACAUGCUCAAGACUACAGGCAUGUGUUAAAAAGAUAAAAAUCAAAACAAACGGUCGAAUUAACAUAAUUGCGAUGUAUACAGUGUGUUACAUUCGAAUGACAUGACAAAAUAUUUCAGACUUGGAUUGUAAUAGGUUUUUUUUUUAAGAAGUUUCAAGUCUAUCUUCCUAAAGAUAAAGCUUAAAUUGGUUCUAUUUUAAAAGUAUUAAUUUUUUGUGAGAUGAGUAACGAAAUAAAAAUUAUUUUUAACAGAAACAUCCAUGCUUAAUACUAGAUAAAAAAAAUAGUCCUAUUUUUAUUCUUUUCCAAGCAAUUUAACUUAAAAAACUGUUUCCAAUCUCAAAAAUUGGUUGAAAUAUAGUCAUCUAAAGUUCAUUAAAAAAUACGAUUUUUAAAUAAAAUUAAAACUUAUGUUAUUAUUAAGCGUGUGUAAUUUUAUGAUUAUCUUUAGUCAUAUAUUUUCCCCAAAAACAGUAGAUAGCCAAAUUUCUUUACUUUCUAUGUCGCUCGAUUUAAAUUUUUUGAAAAACUCAGCAAAAUCAUAUAUAUUUUUAUUGUGUAUAACAGCUAUUGUGGGUGAAAUUAUUUUGAAAAGGGGCUCCAAUAGAAACCAAAACGUUCGAUAAUCCAUCCCCUCUUUUUAUUUCGACCCAAGUCCGUAAGAAAUAUUUCGGUGUGCAAUCAUUUGAGUGAAACAUACUGUAUAAUAUAGUGUAAUAAUAUGUAGUAAGUAUAUGAUGGGCACGUCACUAAAGAAUAAUAAUAUGCUUUGUGUUUUGGCAAUUUGGAAAUUAUCGUGGUCUCGGGGGGCAGGAAGACAAAACAAAAAAUUACACGAAAUAUGAAUAUGAAUACAAAUAAAUAUGAAUACCUAAUAAAUUGGUUUCAUGUAAAAUAAAUAAAGAACUAAUACUGCUGAUGGGUGAGCCACUGUUGGAGAAUUUGGAAUAUAGGAGACAUAAUGUAAUUUAAUUUAUAUCUGUACGCGACGAUAAAUCAUUGAUGACAAAAUACGAUUUUGAACGAAGUUCGGUUGAAAAUAUUUUGUAAUGCUGCGAUGUUUACAAUUUUCUUCGAAUUCGAACUUUAAACGCUAAACAUUUUUUUUUAACCACGUGUGGUUUAGAUUUAAACAAACGUUUAAGCAUUUCUGAUCCGCCAAAAAAUAUUUUAUCUACAUAAAACAAAAAUUAAAGAAAUUCGAAAAUGUCAAAUGCCUUUAAAUAGCUCAAAAAUUGCCAGAUGGUUUUAAAAAUUUGACUGCGUUUAAAAAGGCUACUAUAAGUAUUCUGCGAAAAUUUCAGAGUUCUAAGAUUAUUUUCAACCGGAUUACAAAAAAAAAAAAAAAUUAAAAAUACUGGAAUCAUUAUUUUCGUAAACUUUAUGUUUUUCAAAGUUACGAAACAGUUAUAAAACAAAAAUAAAAUAAAAAUUAUUUCGGAUCAAGAUUUCUAGUAGAAAAACAAAAUCGAAAAUAACGAAACCUAUAUUCCCGCAAAUUCGUCAGGUUUUCCUAUACGAAUUUUUCCAGUUUUCCCAAUUAUCAUGAAAACUAUCCGGAAAAUUAAACCAUGAACUUUCUAAUGCAUCAAAACGCUCCAAAAAGAAAGUUGUCCUGUCGUUUUUCGUUCCGAACGAUAAUUGAUAAGUUGUUAAUCAGAUCGAAAAUAAAAGCGCACGCCGUAGCGAAACUAAUUAGUGUACAUUCCUCGUUGUGUUCAGAAUCUAAAAUAAACUAUUAUAAUAAUAUACAGGUACUUAUAGAAAUAGUCAAUUCGUGGCGCGCGCGGUUGAUUUCGCGCGGACUCGACCAUGCGGCGGGAUACGAGAAGUACAGGGGCAAAGAAAACAAUAGACGACAAUUAUUAUUUGUAUUUGUAGUUUUUUUUUUUUUUUUUUUUUUUUUUUCUCCUCGGAGUUGACCGCGCUCCGGUAUUCAGCCCCGCCGCCGUCGUCGCCGUUGUACGCCUUCUUGUACGUAGGUAUACUUUGCGCGUUCGGUAUUUCGUAUAUUACAGAGUGUUUGACGACAUCUGUUCCUCGGCGGUCGCGUUUAUAUAUUAUUAUUGUCGUGUGUGUCGUUUUACGAGCGGCAUUCGUAUCCCGUAGAAUAAUAUAUCCCGUAGAAGUACUACUACUACUACUGCUAGUAGUAAUAGUAGUAAUAGUAGUAGUAGUAGUAGUAUUGCUAUACAUACAACGACGUCGGUCGCCGUCGCAUUCGUCUCUCGGUCUCUCGUCGCGUCCGCCGUACGGAACACAAUGCCGCGGCGCGCAUAUAUAGAAAUCCACACGCACACGCGCGCAAUAUAAACGACGACCAAAACAACAACUACACUACGACACAGUGGUCGUACACUCGCUCCUCGUCGUAUAAUAAUACUAAUAAUAAUAAUAAUAAUAACAUAACGUAUUAUAUUAUAUUUUAUUAUCAUUUCGCGCGUGUCCCCCCGGACGGCCUUUGGAGACGACGGCGAUCGCUCUCGUUCGUAUCGUUUGCAAAAUAAUAACUACGUAACCGAUGACUCAUUGACCGCGCGGCCGCUAAAACUCGGGUCGCCCUCCCGUCACGCGGCGUAUUCAUCGCACAUUCGAAACAGAAUAUUACAUCCCCGCGGGGCCGCUGAGCACCCGGCCUUUUUUUCUCGUCCUAUACGUACGUCCGUUAUCGUCGUUAUAUCGGAUGGCGAGAAGUUCGUAUCCCGCGCUAACUACAGCACGAUUGCACGGUGGCGGAGAAUCGUACGCCCUAAAAUCGUAUAAAAUAUGCGCGCGGUCAUGUCCGACGGAAAUCAUAAAACGCCCAUAAAAACAUGAUAUUAAAAAAAAAAAAAAUAAAAAAAAUUGAAAAUUGUAAUGAUAUUUCGUAUUAUUCGACAGUAUUGCCGUGCGUACAGUCAAUAUUCUUCAGCCUGAAAACGAAAAUGUUUCAUAUUUUUUAAAACUUACUAAAAUUGUCAAAAAAAAAAAGCUGAAAAGAACGAUUUUUUACAUAUAAUAAAUUGAAAAACCUAUAGCAACCCAUUCGAGCAGAACAAAUAUUAUUUUAUCUAAAACUCAGGUACCUACUAAACCUUUUAAACGCCUAAUAGGUACUUUUUUCGGAAAGAGAAAAAUGUUCUAAAAAUAUUGAUACGCAUAUAACGCAUUAAUAUCGAAUAAAUCGUUAUCGAGUUGACAUUAACUAGGUACAUAAGUAUCAGGUUUAUAAAAACUUAUUUAGUUAAGUUUUCAAUUGUUAUCGCGUUAUACUCACUUUCAGAUUCUGAGUGGAGUGAGGAAUGUAUUGGUCUUGCAAUGAUGUUUUUUUUUACGUGAAUAACUUUUCUAUCAAAAAUUUUGCUCCGAUUUUCAGGUAUAGCACCUUUUCUGCAAGGGAAUUUUUCUGGAUUGGUAAUAUAUAGAAGUCAUUUUUUGAUUUUUCCAGGAGUUUUCAUAAUAGAUGGGAAAUAUGUUGCAAAAACAGGAAAAUUCACGUACAUGUACCUAUAAAAAAAAAACUGCGCUACGAAUGGUUUUUCAUUAACGAUGGUUUAUCGUUGCAUACAGAUUAUAAGUUAAAUUCUUCUCUAAUCUUACCUUUCUAACUUUUCACCUACAACAGUGAUCCAUCCAUCGUGUGAAGUAUGUCCAUUUGUUUUUUACAAUUAUUUUUUCAUAAAUAUCGCGCAGUCAAGUUGACGGAUUGAAGGCGAAUGAUUUAACCUGGUCUUUUCGAAGUUCAAAUAUGCAUGAACCUAUUCAAAUUUAAUCCGCUGUGAUUGUCGAUAUAUGUGUAUGCAUUAUAUACUGCACGAUUAUUUAAAUUGUUUUUUAUUUUACAAUUCUGAACCAUCUUUAAAUAAUUAAUAUUUUUUAAAUAUAUUUUUAUUAAUAAACAAUAAAUAAAUUAAAUAAAUAACCAUAGUUUAACAGAGACAAGUUAUUAUUUUUUUGUUCGCUUUUUAACUUUUAAUAACUGAAGAAUUGUUUGUGUAUUCAACUUCAUUUCUUUAUCUAAUUAAUUAUUUUCAUUAUAAAACUCGGGAACUUGUCCAUCUUUAAAAUACCGUUUAUGGGUUAUAAUACAGUUAAAAAUUCAGUCAGGAAAAGUUAUUUUAACACAGAUAUGAAAUGAAUUACCAUUCCCUUCGGUAUUUGAUAUCUGAUUUAAGUGUUACUCAUUACGCACGUCAACAUUUUUAGGAAAAUAUUCUCUUUUCGAACAUUGGUUGAAAAUCCAAAGUUGAUGCAGAAUACCUACGUGGCGUUUAUUAUGUAACAUACAGGAUGAGAGUAAAAUUAUUUUGUAAAACAUUGUAAAUUGUAAGAUCGAACUAUGUUACAUGUCAAUUAUAAAUAUGUUAUUAUUAUAACGACUGAAAAACACCAAAAUCAAAUUUACUUAACGGUUUCGAUGGUUCGUAAUAAAAGAACCGCCCUGUAUACAAAUACCAAUACACUACCGCAUUCUAUGCUCCCUCCCGUGAAAAAUCCGACUCAUCACCAUCAACUUUUCUUUGGACUACGAUGACACGUACCGUAAUACACAAAUCACUCGCGACUACAGACAACCGUCUCGUGCCGCCGCCGAUGUAGGAUUAUAUUAUUAUUGUAGUUGUGGCACGUGUGAGAGAUCUCGGACCGCAGGUGCGAGGAAUUGGUCGCCAUAUUCGGUUCGAUUCUCAUCGUAUUAUAUUGUAGUUUUUAGAUUCUGAGCGAAAUAUAGAAUAAUGUAUUGGUUUAAAUGAUAUAUUUAGGAUUUUGCCGCAUAGGGAGGUAUUGAAUUUAGAUGUUUUGUAAUGUGACAAAACAAAAAUAGUAAAACCAAUAGAUCCCUCGCUACGCUCCGAAUCUCAAAGAUUAAUUUUUAUUCAGUAGUCCUAUAAAAAUAAAAGAUAAUAGAAAAAACUAAACGGUUAAAGAGGGGAGGGAGAAAUAUACGUUCCUAAUCUGCCUUGUUCCCUUUCAAUACGCUACUGAUUGAUUUAUUUAAUAUAUAUUAUGAUGAUGAUAUUUUUAUAUCUUUAAACAACUUUUUUACCAUAGUAUCGUAUUUUCGUAUAUUGCUUCGACCGACAACUUCAAAGGUGGUUUUUGGUAGUACAUUUUAAUUAGUUAGUAAAUUGAGAAGGUUAUUAUUAUUUUUAUUUUUAGUUUUUCUUUAAUAAUUGGAAAAAAGGGGAAAAUUUACUCGAAAACAGUAUCGUUAUCAUAAGUUGUUUUUAUAAGGCACUAUACAAAUAUUGAAAAUCUGUGUUAAUAAUUUUUUUUAUAAGCGUUUAUAGUUGUUUUUUUAAUGAAAACCGUAAAAAUCUAUAAUCUAAUCAUGUGACUGAUAAACACUUGUACUUGUACAAGAUUGUCAUCUUUUUUUUAAGACUUUGUUACUUACUUUAUUUUUGUUUUAAUAUUAUAAUAAUGAAUAUACUCCCACGUCUUUUAGUCCUUCGUAUAUAUUAUUAUUAUACAAUUAAAACAUGUAUGAUAAACUUAUCGUUAUAAUGUACGUAUAUUAGGUAUAUUGUUAAAAAUAUUUCUAUUGUAUAAAUCGUUUCGUCUACUUUUGUUCGUACAUAAUAUGGAGAUUAUAUAAAAACUUGUGACUGUAUAGGUACUGUAAAGAAACAAUGCGAUCAGUUUGAACUCUGAACUAUUUAAAAAUGUAUCUAAAGAAUGCAUCUUAAAUUAAUUUCGACUGUUAAGUAUUUAUAUCCUCAUUUUUCACGUUUCAAAUAUAUCAUACUAGAUAAACGAUUUGUUUGAUAGAUAUAUAAGCAAAUUAAAAAAUAGUUACCUAUAUAAUUUUCAAGAAGACGUUUUCCACAUUCCUUUUGUAAGUUCAUUAUAAAAAAGCUGAUUAUUAAUUAAAUAUAAGUAAAUAAAUGGGUAAAUACGCAAUUCAAAAUUAUUAAGCGUUAUUAAAAUAAACAUUUUGUUUAAUUUUGUCUGGAGGCUGAAUAGUUAAUUUUAUGGUAGACCAGAUAACAGCAUUCAGGUAAAGAAACUGUUUUACUCAAGUUACAUUUUGAAUUACUCAGAUUAAGUAAAUUUAAUGUAAAGCGAACAAAGUCCGUUGAAAUUAAAAGAAAAAUACGAUUUGAUUAGGGACUACCUGCCUAGUAACGUUAAGAAAAAUAAACAUAAUAUUUCAAUUUUUCCAACCAAACACAACGUUUUGAACUAUUCUAAAUGUAUACAAAUUAUUUUUGAUUAAAUCCGAACGUUUUGAUAUAAUAAUUACACACGAUGCGAGGGAUAAAAAAAAUGCUAUUAGUAUUUCAAAACUUUUUUUUUUAUGAAUUCCUACGUAUGUAUAUAGCAUUAGGUAUAUCAAUUGAUAAUAUAAUAUUAUGCAUUGCUUACUACAUUGUGACCUUGUGUUUAAAAAUUCUUUUUUUCUUUUUUUAGUAAGCAUGGAAAAUCAUCUAUAAAUAAAAUUAUUUGGCGUCAUUAGAAGGGCUUUCAUUUUACACGCGACGUUGUCAUUUAAUUUAUUCGGUAUUAAAAAAAAUUGAUUUAAUUUAUAAUAUUAAUUGUAAUUAUUGCUAUAGGUAUGGGUGAUAAUUAAACUUUCACGUUUAAUAAUAUGCAAUGUUUUAUUACACUUACUACAUGAAUGAUAUAUUUAUAUUUGUAAAUAUCCAACUUUGUUUUAAUCAAAUAUAAUUUAAUAAAUGUAUCAUUAAUACCUAUAGAGUAUAGGUCAAAUAGUUUUUAAAUUUAUAUUUCCAGAAAUAUAAUUAAUUAAUAAUUUUAUAAAAGCAAGUUCAUAACUAAUUCGUACAGAUCUCAUGCCAAAUGUCCACCAAAACGAAUAUUCCUAUUUAAAAAAUUAAUUUAAUUUAUCAUUAACAGUGGACAGUGAUUUAAAGGACGAACCAUAACUGAAUACAGAAAAUAAAUAACUACAAUAUUUGUAUUUAAAUACUAGUACUUGAAAAUGUGACUUACAAAUAAAAACCUACUAUACCUAUAUUUUAUGAUACAUUAAUAAACAAUUCGAUAUUACAGAAUUAGGUUCUCGAUUAUAGAUCUUCUAUCUAAAUAGAAUAUAUAUAUAAAUAAAACUAUAGUUAUGAUUGUAUUUAAAUAUUCGAAAUUAUUUUAUGCGAACUGCAGUUAAAUUUCUAAUUUAUUGGGUAAAAACUGAUUAACUAAAACGUUAUUCUAAAUUAAGACUAUAAUAGUUUCAGAAAAUACCACAAGUGUUUAACAUACCUACUUACUACUAAAUUCGUUGUUAAAUGUAUUUUUGUUCUAUUGUAUACUGUUCUUCAUUGUUUCAAUGAAAUGUUGUUAAUUUAUUUAUGUUUAGUAAAAAACAAUCUAUUUUAAAAUAUACAAUUUUAGAAUUCUAUCUGAAUGGACCUGUUUGAUUAGUUAUCAACUACAACAUACACUUUUAUUGAAUCAGAAAAAGUAAACUUUUGGAAUAUAUUUCUGGAAAUGUAAUGUAUAAUAUAAUAUUAAUAAUCUGUCGAUGUAUUUUGAUGUAUUUUAUCUUUAAGAUGUAAUUUGUAUAAUUAUUGGACUUCCAUAUCUAAUCCCGCUGAUAUUUAAAGUUAAAUUUAAAGUAAUUUUAGAUUUUACGCUAAGUGAGGAAAUUAUUUAUUUUUAAUAAUAUGUUUAUUAUUAUUAUUAUUUUUUAUUGAUAGAAAAACACGUAUCUGGGGUAAAAAAUGUUCAGCGUUUUAUUCAGAAACUUUUAAAAAUUAUGAAUUCUGUUUGCUCUAGUCGUUUUUUAUAAGUGGGUAAAAAUGUAAGUUUUUUGUUUGAUUUACAUAUUAAAAAAAAUGUGUAGAUUAUAUCUUCCUUUCUAUAAGUAUUUACUAUCUUUUUAUACCAGUGUGGCGUUUCAAAAAGUUAUAAUAUUAGUUUAAUUAUAAUUUCGAUUAGUCUAAACAAAUAUAUACUAAAAUUAAUGUUCUUAGUAUUGUUUAAAUUAUUUAAUGUGUUGUGUUGUGAAAUAUUUGUAUUAAUGAUGAACACUUAUUAGAAUAAUUUGUAUAAAUUAAAAACAAACUAAAUAUUUAAUUUUAUUAUUCGGUUAUGGGUUUAAUAUAUUUUACCAUCGAUUUUUAAUUAAUUAUCGUUUAAUAAUAUAAAAGUUAAAAUCAAUUGAAACAAUUAAUACAAUAUCUACUCAAAUAAAAUAAAAUUAAAAUUAAAAAUUCGAUUGUAGUAUUUGUAUUUACGGACGUGAUGGUGAAAAUAUAGUCAAACAUAAAAGCAGAAUCUUUUCCUGUUCGGCUUCAUUUUUUUCAAUUCUGUGUACCUACAUAUUAAACGUAUACCUGAAUACACAAAUUUAAUGUGGUCAUUUGCAUACAGUCCAUAUAUGGUAGUUACCUAACGUGGAACUUUGUUAAUGUGCUCGGUGAUAAAUGCGAUCUCAUAAUUUCGGAUAAAGAUAAAUGUUUUUAACACAAAACCGCUUGUCUAUUAGCUGUUAAAUUAGUUGGCCCGGGUGGACUGGGGUGCUGUUCAAUUUAAUAGAUAGCGGACAGUUAAAUCGCUCGCUCGCCCGGGCCUUAAUAAGAGGUUUUCGGAAUUAUUAGUGGCGGACCCACAUUCCCUUUCCAUCUGCUAUCUUCCCCCAAUACAACAGGUGGUGUGGUAGUUUUAUUUAAAACUGUACGGCUGUUUCCAAAAAAUACACCCUCGGGUAUUGGCCAUCGCCGACCUAUUGUUAUUACCCUCCGUUACGCUCAUACAAGGGAGUGUAGAUUUUAAUAAGGACACAGUUUUGAGAAUUCAAAUUUGUAUCUCUAGGGAAAUUUCACUUUACAUAAUACACCUGGACUAAAAUUGAAAAGAAAUUCUAGACUAUAUAUUAUACGUGUGAGUAUAUUAUUGUUUCAUUACCGAUGAGGUAAUGACACGAUUCAUUAAAUUGUUUACCGUGAUCUAAAAUCGAAUAGUGUAUUAUAAUAAUAAUAUCUAAUCAAUUUUCUCUUGAUUGCAUUCAAUCGUAAUAGGUACUCACUAUUCAAAAAUGAAUCAGACUUAUAUGUAAAUGACUAUAGCUGUCUAAUAAUUUUAUUUUUUAAGUGAGUCGUAAUAAUAACUGUAUAAAUGUAAAAAUACAUUAUAUAUGUUUAUAUAUAGGUAUAUUUUAGAAUAUAAUAAUAUUAGUGAUAGCAGAAAAUAAAAAAUAACGAGAAAAUAGAGGUAAAAGAAACGAAGUGUUUUCGUACUAAUGGUGUUCACCAAAUAUUUUCCAGAAUAUUUUCAUCGUCUAGUGAUUUUUUUUUUUUUUUGAAACAAGACAUGAUUUUACGUUAUUUUCACAAUAAAAAUAAGACUCGAGGUACUUACGCGUAUAUUCGAGUGUCUCCCGAAAGCGUGUUCCAUUUUCCGUUUUAAUCCGCCAUGUUCUCAGAAACUCAAUUAAUGGUAGGAAGUGGAUUUAAAACGCUUAAAAAUUUUGGUAGGCCCAAAAAGCAGAAGAUAGCACAUGCCACGAAGGCGGAGCUAUAUAAAAAGAGGUAAAAAACUACUUUUGAUAUACGCUGUUUUUACGGUCCUUAUCAAUCUUAUGUUUUAGGACACGAUGUGAGCCCGUGGUUUACCGUAUGCGCUAUUAUUACUUUUAAAAGUAAUUAAAGCCCACCGAGCGAGUCUCCUUGAUGGAUUGCCCGUCGGCAGAUGGUCACCAAUUUAUUUACGAGACACGUUUCCCUAUUAUCUACAACCGCAACCGAAACGGUUUAUAAUAAAAAUUAAAAAAAAAAAAAAAAUAGUAAAUAUUACAUACAAAAAAAAAAAAACAAUAAUCGACAAUAAUUUGCUGUGGGUUUUUUUCCAUUCAAGUUUGGAUGUAUUCAAUUUCACGGCACAUCUAAACUCUUCACGGCCUGCUCACGCGUGGUUAAACACCAAUUCCAUCAUCGAUGGUGUGGUGAGAUCGAUAUCAGAUGCUUCGAAACUUAUGAAAUCGAAAGGAUGAAUAAAAAAAAAAAAAUGCCAGUAAAUUUGAUAGAAUGACUAUAGUGAUGUGUUGGGAUGUGAUGUUAAACGUAAGUAAUAUUGUAUUUUGAUGUAGGUACCCACCUAAAAGCUACUUAAAAAUGAAUAAACGCACGUAAGCACUGAGUAUAUAGAUUUAUUUUUACAUCUCAAAAAUGAGAACAUUAGGUUUUAUAAUAAUAAUACAAAUUUAAGUUAACCUGGCUUACAAAAGUUUAUUGUUAACAUGACCGUUUAUUUGAAACAGAUUAAUAGAGUUUUUUUUUUUUUUUUAAUUUCAUUUAAAAUGCACUUUUUUUCAUUUUUAUUUUUUGUUAUUAUCAGAGAAAUAUUGUAUCCCAUUCGUUUAAGGUACCGUUAUAAGUUCUCAGAAAUGUUAAAUGCGUUAUUUUAGAGAAUGAGAACGGAGCCGGUUUAAAUAAUUUAAAAUAAAAUAAUAUAAUUAUUAUAAUAAAAUAAACUAUAAACAAAUAACUAUAUUUAUUUUUAUGCUUAUUAGAAUAAUUAAUAUAAUAUAAUAUUUUUGUUUAACUUAUGUACAUUUAAAUGAAAUGUAUGUAUGCAAUUUUAAUAUAUAUUAAAUAUAAAAAUUAGUACAUACUCUUAAAGUGUAGGCACCUAGUUUAGAAUACAAAAUACAUAUUUUAUAGUUUACAAAAAGGAAAAUAACGUUUUAUAAAUCAACUUUUAUUUGGAUACUACAUUAGUAUUAAUAUAUUUUUAUUUUAGAUUUAUGUAUUUUAAUACAACUGUACGCAUAAGUAUUCUUAUUUUAUAUUUACUUAUUUUAACACGAAUAAUUUUGAUUCAAUAACGAUGGUAAUUUUAAUUUUUACGGUGUAGUUUUAAACAUUAAUUCGUAUUUUGUUCGUGUUAUUUUAAUUUUAUGCGUAUCAUUACACGCGUUUUCAUUGAUUUUUCUUUAUAAACUGGAUAAUAUUAAAAUUAAUUAAUUUAGUAUAUCAUCAUUUGGUACAAUAGUGCAUCAUCAUAGUAUUUAUUAAAUAUGAUUAAUACUAGUUACGUAAAGGUGUAUAAAAACUACGCAUUUAACAAUACUUGAAUUUAUGAAUUAUCAUAGAAAAUAUUUAAUAUCUUGUGAAAACAGUCAUUUAUUGGCGUGCAAUCGUAAUAUGAAAAGGACGUUUUUAAAGACUAAAUAUUAUCUUUGAAGAGGUGAAUACAAAAUAUGUUCGUAUUUUCUGUACUGUGAAAACAAUUGUGAUAAAAUGCUAACAACGUAAUAAAAAAAAAAACCGACACGUUUAUUUUAUUUAAUGUCGUCCCUUUGAAGUAAGUCGAGGGGUUUCACCGAAAGCACAAUAUAGAGACGUCAAAAGGCACACUUUCAGGUUUCUCUCUCUUUCGCGACAAAGACAAACACAACGUGUUACAAUAAUUAGCAAUUAUGAUUUUUGUUUCCAUUUUAUAAUAUACUCACAUGGGUAGGUGUUUUAAAGGAAAUACCGUUUUGUUUUGUUUUCUGACUAUAGCUAAAGUAAACGAAAUUCGCUAUAUUAUUGUCAUCAUAAUAUAAUUCACCUAUCUUUAUAAUAAUUAUAUUUAACAUUAGUAUACACGCGUGCUAUAGGUACAGUAUAUAAUACUCAUAACACGCAUAUUAUAUAAUAUUAUCAAUAAACCGGGAAUAGUAAAUAUAUUCCAUUUAGCGUUGAUAAUAUAAUAUAUAAUAUGUAUACGGCGACACUGGCGUGGACACGAGCUUAUGGUUCCAGUCAAAUUAGCCGGUUUUACGUUAUUUAGCGACCGCCCGAAAGAGCUCAUAAUAUCAGAGGUUUGGUAAGAUUGAUGAUGUCUCAGAUGAUCAUCGUUUCCUUGUUAAUGCCUUUGACCUCGAAUAGCAAAAAUGAACGAGAGAGGAAGAGAAACAGCCACUAAUAUUGGAGCAUGACAUACGAAGAGAAUGAGAGAGACAGAGAGUAAAAGAGAGAUAUUAUAUAGCGUGAAAAAGUAUGCGAGAGGGAGAGGACGAGAAAAAGAAAGAGUGGAUUCUUCUCCACCCCUUGCCAUACAAUUUUGCCGGGCAGAAAGUAGAAAAAACCGACCGACACCCGUUACUUAACGGAUUAUGAUAUUACCCUUCUCUACCACCUCUCUAUAUAUUAUGUCCUCAAAAUAUAACGUAAAAUAAAAAUAUAACGAAAAAAAAAGUAUACAAAUUAUUGGUUUUUGUUAUGCGAAAACCCUUCGCAUUAUAGAGUGUAACGAAGAUUCAUGUUGUUUUAAUUUAAUUUGUUUUCUUUUUAUAGUUGCAGGUAGUGCGAUGAAAAAAAAAGUCGACGAACAAUCGAAAACUUAUUUUGAAAAUGUACCGCAAAACGUGUUCGCGUCUGCGGGCCAAAACGUCUUAUUGCCGUGUCGGGUGAGACAUUUAAACGAUCAAGUGGUAAGUACUCGCUUAAUGUAUCAUAUACCAUAAACUUAAUAUUAUAUGUAAUACAAUAUAUAACUUAUAACAAUUUUUAAGUACAGUUAUUAAACACUGAAUUACUGAAUUCUGCUGAUUUUUUAAACCGAUAAAUUUUGCUAUGUAUAAUAUAUAAUAUAGUAUGUUUAACGGACAAACUUUUAAAUUUUGUACCUAUCUAUUAUAUUAUAUUGUUGUUUAAACGAAUGAUAAUUGUUUAAGGAAGCCGUUGACAUAGAUUUUAUAAAGAAUAUAUUAUGAUAAUAUGUCAAAAUCGUUGAUUUUUUAAAAACAAUUUACUUGGGUUAUAAAUAAUAUUAUUUUGUUCGAUUUAUUUGGACAAUUAUUAUUACCUAUUAUUACUAUGGAUUUAUCCAUUUCUUAAAUUACCUAUAUUUUGUAAUCACCAUAUUUUACUUUAAAAAUUAAAAUUAUGGAUAAAUUAUUAUACUCGUUGCAUGUUUUCAUUUUGCACAUUUAAAAGUAUUGCGAUAUCUAAAUGAUUGCCCUAGUUUGAACAGUACAAUAAUAAGUGUCUGCUCUUAUAAUAGUGACGAUGGGUCCAUGACGAUUGAGUUUAGAAAUUUGAAGAGUAUAAAUAAACGUGAAAACUGAGAACAGGCCACUUUUACUAUAAAAUAUUUACAGAUUAUAUCGUAUUGUACAUACUUAUACAAUGACGACCAUUAAGCCUGAAUAAAAUGGACUAUACUAAUGGCGGAAAACAAUUAUUGGACUAUAGUAGUGUUUAAAAGGGUUUUCUGAAUUUAAGAGGUUUGAAGUGAACUCUAAAGGAACAGUGAGAAGUAAAGUGUACAAAUAAAUAGUAUACCUGUUUUAAAAUUUGUGGUUUUGGAUAUCACUGGAUCUUUUAUAGGAAACUCGUCGAGUACUAAUUGACGUAUUUAAAUUCGGUAGUGUCAUUUAGAAUACAAAAGAUAUCAUCUACCAAAUGAAAGUAAACCAUGUUGUUGAUUGAAAAAUUAAGUAAAGUGAUUUUAUAUAUGCAGAUUUUUACUUUAUUUGAAAUAAAGUUUUAGGUAAACAUAAAUUAUUCAUCUAAAAUUUAAACAUUUAAUAUGCUUUUUUCAUUUGUGUAUACAUAUUAUUAAAAUAUACUUUUAUUAAUUACUAUAUUCAAUUUUAUUUAGAACACAUAACAACUAUUAAUAACUAAUUAAUGUUGUAGAAAUUAUCAGUUUGACGAACUUUAUUUUUGGACACAUUUAGGUAACUUUAAUUAGGUAAAUUAUUUAUGCUACAAUAUUGUAUAAAAUCAAUAGUAUUUGGAAUUAAAAACCUGGAGCUUGAUACUGACUUUCCAAAUUUAACAUUUAUUUUUAACAUUAACCACCUUAUUAAAGAUAAAACUUUUCCACUAAUCUACUGUCCAAUACCAAUUUAGUUCAUACAAACAAAAAUGACUUCACGGGAAUAGAAAUUACUCAUUGUCAAUAUAAUAUUUCCAAGCUAUUUUCUUUUUUAAAUCGAAAAACACUAACAUUCUACAGAACGUAUUGAUUGACGAUGUUUUUAUUUGAUUUCAAAUAAUGGUAUAACAAAAGUUAGAAAUUUACCUUUUUGUAAAGACAUAUUAUUAAGUUUGAUAUGAAAAUAUUGAAAAACAUCUCGUAGAAAGUUAUCUUCUUUCCAACAAAAAGCACUCAUAGAAAUCUACACAGACAACUCUACGUGGUAUCAGAGUGUUUCCUGUAAGGUAUGCUUUUAGCCAACGAAUAUGCUGGAACUCGGCCCCUUAUUAAUAUAGAUACUUAUUUUCUAUUUUUGCGUUAUGUUUAAGAUUUAUCUACCAAGUUUGUGUUGUUUAUGGAAUUAGAUUAUUAUUGUAAAAAUCGAUUUAUAUACCUAAUUAAUUAUAAUUAAUAGUAGAUAGAUACCUAAACAAAUUCCAUAGAUAUACAUAUCAAAUUUUAUGGGUACUAGAAUAUUAUUUAUUCAAGAUAUUUAAUUUUUUUAAAUUGUUAAUUGAUUUUUAGUUUUAAUUAUACUUCAUGAGUUUAGUGACAAAUUAAUUUUUGUAACAAAGAAGUAUUUGUUUGAUAUUAACAAUAGAAUAAUGAUAAAUUUGAUUAAUAACCUAAUUUAAUUUUAAUCUAAUUUGUUCUAUAUUAUCGCAGUUUGAUAGUGAAAUAUUGAGUUUUUAGAAUUAAAAAGAAAAAAAGAACUCACUAUUAUAGGGUAUUGUUUUGAGUGAAUGAUAAGAAUAUAAACCAUAAGUAUGUAAUCAUUAUUUAAAAUUGGGUGUAAAAAACCAUUUAUGGUGAAUCUAUUUUUGAUCUAAAUUUUGAAUUUCGUCUCAUAGUAUUUUUGAAGUCAUCGUUGCAAUGAGAUGAACCAUUCUAAAAUACAUUUAUUGAUACCAUCAUCUAUAUUAUUUUUAGUGUUCCAAAAUUUUUUUACGACAUUCGAAAAGGAUGAAAAAAAAGGUCAAAACAUGUCUAAAGGAAUAAUUUUAAAAAAACAUCUCAAAAAAAAAAUCUCUGACUAAUGUUAUUAUUAUUAUACAUAUAAUAUUAAAAUUUUAUAAUUGAGUAUAUGUAAUAAAAUUUAAAUUAAAUCAAAUUUGUCUUAAAUAAAUAAUUGCCAUCAAGAUUUGUUAAAAUUAUUUUCCCUAAAAACUCGAGGAAAUUUAGGAAUUUAUUAUUAAAUACAUAAAUAUUAUAUUAAAUACCUGUUCUUUUUAAAUAAAUUAUAAAUUUCCAAUUUGUAACAUGAUUUAUUAAAAGUACAUUAUUGAAUACAUCGUGUCAACCCUCAACUGCAUUAUUGGUCCGUAGUUGAUAUUUGAGUAUUGAAUUAUAACAGUUCCAAAUGCAAAAAUCAAACAGUGAGAAACGUUUCUGAUUGAUAGUCGGCCAAUUCAUGCUUCUUAAAAAUAAUUGAUUGUUGUAGAUGGAAGUUUAUCAUUUUCCAUAAUACGCUCUUUACGCUCUUUACCAUUUUCCAACUCAAUAACAUUAAUUAUUGGAAUAAACGAUAAAGUACUCCACUAUGUUACUUACAGAUAAUAUUCAACGUCAUCAUCAUUACCCCCAGAAUUUGAAUUUUACGUGAGUAAAAUUGUUAACAAUUUAAAAAAAACAAUCUUUAAUGUCGGUUGUGGGAAAUACAUCUUUAAAUGGAGAUAUGAAGUCCAUUUCAAAAUUAAUCAUAAUUUGCUGCAGUGUCAAAUCGGAAACUAAAGAUUUUAACGCUUUUAGAACAAUUUACCAAUAAAAUGGACAGAAGGAAAACUUUGUUUAUUUUUAUAUGACAUAUAGUGUAGAGUUGUGAAAAUAAUGUUGAUACAGAAUGGAAUGUUGGAAUCUUAGAAUGCAUGGGAGAUAUUUUGUUUAAGAGAUAUUUCCAUCAGAGAUAUUUUUGCGAAGAUAUUUUGACCUGAAAACCUGAAGCCAUAUAUACACUAACUAUAUAUUAACUAGAGUCUUUUAGAGUCAAUAACAUUUUUAGAAAAAGUAAAGUUUAUACUAGGUGAUGGAAAUACAUUUACGAAAAAAAUAAAUAUAUAACAUGUAUCUACCUACCUACUUACACAGAAAUGUGGUCAAUGAAAAAUAUAACCUUUGAUGUCAAAUAUACGUAAAUAACAAAGUCUUAGACAUUAUUAUAUAAAGUUAUGUACUUUCAUACAAAUAGUAUGCGCAUAAUAAUUUGGAGGAACAAAGACAACAUAUUCUUGGAUCAUGUAAUAUGUCAUUAUGUAAAACUUAUAUAUAUUUUGUGAGUAAACCACAAUUAUUUUAAACUCUAAAAUCGAUAAUCACUUUAGAUGUGUUAUGAAAAAUAUAAAUAACGACAUGUAUACAAUUUAUUACAAUUAAAUAUUUACCAAUUGUAAAAAAUGAAAAAUGUUUAUAGUUGAUUAAAAUAAUAUGUAAUGUAUAUUAUACAUAAAGUGCACUUUUUUUAAAACGAUUGAGAGUGCAGUAUAAAAUAUAUAUUCGAAAUUCAAUUUUUAAUUUUUAAAUACCAAAUUCAUAACUGAUGCGAUUAAAGGAAAAUAAAUAUAGUAUAUGAACUAAAAAGUAUUUACUAAUAGAGUUAAAAUCAUCUAAAAGUCUAUCGAUGCAUAAAUGCAUUGUGUAUUUGCUUGAAUACUUCAUACUCGCAUUUGCUGUCUCAAUCCAACUAACGAGAAAUAUAGCAAAAUCUGCAUUACGAAGAUUAUUUUGAACUCGUUUAAUUUUGGUUUUAGAGUAAAAUCACCAAUUAUAAAAUUAAAAGAGGGCAUAUUCUGGAUACCAAGACGAUUCGGCGUUUCUAUUAUUAUAAUUAUUAUUCCGAAUAUAGCGUUAAAUUCAUCAUUUUUAAACAACUGUAAUAUUUCAAAAAAUAAACGCAUCGUCUUGCCCUGCGGAAUAUUGUCCUCUUUUAAUUUCAUUAUAGAUGCUUUUAUCUCAAAUGAAUAUUAAGCGAGUUCUACGCGUAGUCUGCGUAAGGUAGAAUUUGCUAGAUUGCCCGUUAGUUGAUCCAAGAUAGCAUAUGUGGGUUUAACGUCUUCUUAAAACAUAUUGAAUUUAUUAUUCAUCGUAUAAAUUUAAACAAGCAUUUAAAAAAAUACUCUUUGUAAAUAACAUCCAGUUAAAUCAUUUGUGUUAAACGUGGUUAUGGAUGAAAUUUGCAGAGAUAAUUUUUUGCUCAGUUUUUAGUGAAUAAGAGAGAAUGCAUUACUUUCAAAAAAUAAUAGAUUUUUUGCUAUAGCUGCUAAAUAUUUUAUGUGUAACACCGGUUUAUUUUGUUUAAUCUCAAAUAUUUUAUAACUCACCUUUAAUAAUAUUACCCUGUAACUAUAUCGUAUUAUUUAUACAAAAUAAUAAUAUGUAUAAAGUUAUAUAUAAUUUAGUUUCAUAAGGAAUAAUGUUUUAUUAUUAAUAAUAUUAAUAUUGAUUACUGAAUAUAUUUUUAUAAUUUGAUUGAUUAAAUCUUCAAAACCAUAAAAUAUGAUAUUUUCUGUUACUGAACUGUAGAUACCUAAUCGAGCUUUUGUGUUAUUUUUUUUUUAUUAAUCUUAGUACAAUGUCAUUUAAUAUGUUUAAAAUGUAAAUAAAUAUAAUAUUGAAUGACAUAUUCAUAACAAUAAUUAUGUAUACAAAUUUACAUAGAAACAUCUGUGUACAUGUGAGAUCAUUUGUGUACAUUAUAUAUAUAAAUGAAAAAAUACAACUUUUAUCACGAUAACUUUUACUUAAACUUAUCUUAAGACGAUAUAUUAAUGGUAUAGUGUAAGCUCGUCAAACAUGUAUUCCCCUCGAGAUUUGUUACAUUUGAUAGAGCUUUCUUCAUAUACUUCAUAAUUUUGUACAUUAUGUCGUAUAACCUUUUCGGGGAAACUUUUAAACUCCUACAUGACAUAAAAAAACUUUUUUUUGGAAAAGGGUUCAUCCGUAUUAUCGAACGAUAAAGCGUCAGGAUGAACUAUAUAAUGUAUGUAAGUGGACACUAAUUAGUUUUUAUUUGUAAUGUUUGUAUUUUAACGAUAUUAAAUAUUAUCUGGUAUUAAAAUAAAAGUUACCCACUAAGAAAACUUUAGAAAUCUAGUUCAAAACGUUUAAAAAUUGAAAUUAAUGUAAUAUAAAAUUCAUGUUUUAGUAUUUGAAACACAUGUUUAAUAAACAUUAAUCAACAUGUUUUAUAAACAUUGUUUAUAUUCUAUUUGUACAAUCUGAACUCGUACUGUUUAAUUUGAAACAAACCUAUUAAUCAGUGGUGGAGCUUGGAUAGGAUUUAUCAAGGGGAUGGAGGAGAAUCAUACCAAAAUUACAUGUUUGUCUGUUAACAUUAAUUUCUUUUGAUGGGUGGUCAUUAGGCUAAGAAUUGAACAGAAAUAUAUUAAAAAUGAAUAUUUAGUUCAAAUUAUUUCUUGCCUAUGUAUUUUAAACGGGAUGAACUGUAAUAACGAUUUGUUUUGAACCGUUCGUAAUUCUUAUCACAUUUUCGUUAUCAGACUGUUUGUCUAUAUAACAUGUAGGCAUUUGACGGGUACCUGUAAAAAUCUGGAACGUAUAAUUCAUGAAAAUAUAAAUCUUGAAAGUACAAAUCUUGAAUCCAGGGUUUUAUGGUUAUCGAAAUUUGAACCGUACAAAUUUGGAAUGUAAAAUUCUGGAAUGUAUAAAUCUUGAAAAAUAAUUGUCUAAUAAUCCAGUGUCACCAUCUACGAAUAAAAAAAAAAUCUGAAUUUGUAUAUACAAUUAUAUAUAUAUCCUAUUUUUGCAAAUUCUGCCUAUGCACUUAAUAAUAACACCUAAUAAUUAUUUUAUUAAAAAAAAGAUAUGGUAGCUGUUUUCUGACACUGAUAAGAACUUUUAGGAAGUUAAUGUCCCAAGCGUAAUUAAGGUAGGGUUAAUAUGUAUUUCUUUUUCUAACAAUUUUUUAGAAGAAUGGCUUUUGGUCGCGGAUAUAUAUGUUUUUGUCCAAAAGUUGGUAACACUGGAGUAAUACAAAAUUAUUUUUCAAGAUUUGUACUUUUCAGAUUUGUAUUUUCAAGAUAUGUACGUUCCAGAUUUGUACAUUUCAGACUUUUACGCGCUCCCGCAUUUGACGAUGUUAGGUUUCGAUGUCGGUGACUUGUUGUCUUUGUCGUUCGCGUGGUGUUUUUUUUUUCGUGAUUUUGAUUCACCGGCCAUCGGUCGCGGUGGUGGAAGCAACUUUUAGAACACUCGAGAAUUCAUCAUUGUCAUAUAUCGCAUAUCGUAUCGUAUCGUAUCUAUUAUAAUAAUAUUAUAAUCGUGUGUACGAGUGAUUGCUGUGACGGCAGUGGUACGGAUUUAAUGAGCGACUCGCACGCACAGUCAUCAUAAGUGAAAGGCGUCAUUAUUAUAAUACCUCAUAGCGCCAGAGGUUUAAAAACAGUAUUAAUGGUGUACAUUUAUAGUAGCAGUAGCACAGUGUAUGGGUAUAGUAGCAUAGUCUGUGGUAGAACGCGGUAUAAGCUGGUAAGUAUCGACAAUGGCUGGGGGAGUAGUGGUGUUGAUUUUCCAAAGAACAACACGUACACGCGGGCUAUUCAGCUAGGUAUCAUCGGGUAGUUACGGGUGGAUGAAGGGGUGCAAGUUACCGACGUUACCGUAAAACUGUUUGUGUCAGUGGUGGCUGUGAUGAGAGAAUGAGAUAUGCUCGCGGGGAGACUCGUGGCGGUCAUUAGAGAGCGGGUAUGCUGACGUUAUGAAUAAUCCGCGAGCAUAGCAGACACAAAGGAAGGUCGGAAAUGACACACAUACACGAGCUCUCGUUAACACACACACUUCUAUACCAAAGCACUUUUUACCCGAGAGAGAACUCUGCGUCACCCGCUUCUAUAACUACCUACCCGCCGAAACUGAUCUAUGAUUACGCAUUCGUCCGACUCCUAUCCUCUGUCUUGCACCACCACCCAUCCUGUGCGGUUGUGCACCUGUGUCGUUGUUUCCGGCCCGUUUCGGUAUCCGUGAUAAGACUACACCAGUUCAUCGCCAGGGAAUGUUUUCUUGUUUUUAAAUUUUUUUUCCCGAUAAAAUCCUUCGACUGACGACGCUCUCCACUUUUCCGCACGUUUAACUUACAUUUUAAGAGAUAAAUAUUAAUAAGUAGUUAAUUAGUAAUUAAUUAUUACUUACACACGCCUCCGGGCACUUACUGCGUAGUUUGAAAAUUAAACUCAUUUACAUAUUACAAGAUGUUUUUUUAACCCCAUGAGUCGAUAUUAUACAAAAAUAGACUUUGUUUUAUUUUUCAAUAUCUUUAAUAGAAUAUAUUAUGAAAACUGCCUUCUAAUUUAGUACGACGAACGAUUUUUAUUCAAUUGAUUAUGCAUUUUUUUUUUUGGUCAUUUACUAGAUUCCGAGGUGUAUUGCUUUAGUUUUAACAUUUUUUUUGGAUCCUUAUUUGUUUAUUUUUUCAUUGUUAUAUUUUAAUUUUAAAUUUGUAUAAGAUAAUUAUUAUUUUGAAAACAAUCCAGAUAAGUAAGUAAAUAGUAAUGUACACGGAUAAUAAUAUUAUCAUUAUUAUAUACAUUAAAAUGUACUAAAAAUAAGUCAAAAAGUACCUACAUUUAGAUUAGAAUGUCUAUAACUAUAAUGUAAUUCAUAGUAUUUUAAACUGCUAUAUUAUUAAUGAAAUCUCCAGUACGCAUCCAGAAGAUUUAUAUUUUGUAAAUCAUUAUAAUUUUAAAUGAGAAGAUAAGCUAUACUAUUAUGUUGAUUCUUCGAGAUUUCGUGUUAAGUAAUAAUAUUCGAAUUUAACCAUUGAUCCUAAGUAAAUUGGAAAAUAUUUUAUAGGUAUUAAUUAUUUAGUUUUAAGUCUAAGGCAAGUACUGUAAUCUCAGUUUUGCAGUAGAGUCAUAAUUUUGGUCCUCACACGAACUUGUUCAGUGGGGCCCAUUAUCUUUUUGAAGAAAUAAUAAUAACAAUAUAAUUUUUAAAAAAAGAAUAAUAUUUGUGAAAACUCCCAAAAACUACAUUAGUAUAGAUAUUUAUAUUAAUAUCAAUUAUUUUAUAAAGUACUUGUAUCAAAUUUAAAAUUUAAAAAAAUUAGAUUUUAUUAAUACUGUUUAUCUGUUGUACAGUCAAGGUUUUUUAGUGAAGGGGGAGGGGAAGCAGAAAAACUGAGAAAAUAUUGCGGGUAUUUUUUAUAUGGUCGUAUGCUCCUCAUCUCUCGUCUUCUCGUUGAAGUUUAAAACCAUACACUAUAUACACCAUAAUAAAGACUAAAGUAACAUAAACAUGACAUGAUUAUGAUAAAAAAUACGGACAAUAAGCGGAGGCAUAGUCCCUUUAGCUUCCUCUGACUGCGGCACUACAGUGCUAGGAAUUUAUAAUUAGUUGAAUAAUCGCUUUUAAUUUUAUGUAAGUUAUGCAUUACAUAUUUACGUAUAAAACAAAACUUUAUUUUGAAAUAAAACUCAAAUUUUAGAAUUGUUAUAUUUACGUACAUAAUUACGUGUAUUCAAAUAAGAGAGUAAUUUUAAAAUACUGAUGUGAAUAUAAGUUCUUUAAUGUUAGUACUUUAAGUGAUGUUCUUGCAGAACAAUUUUAUUUGUUUUAAGAAUCUUGUAAAUUGUAGCUCAAAUAUUCUAUAAGGUUAUAAACUUUUUAAGGCAAAUGUGAUUUAUUCAUUAAUACAAUGUCAUCCAAGUUUCAAAAGUUUUUCACGAGAUGAAUCAGUAGCACUUUUUAAUUUAAAAUUACUACUAUACAUCUCUCAUAUACUCGUUCAUUCAACAUAUUUACUGUUGUGUGACGUUUACAACGUAUUCUGCUGUCUGUAAAACCGAAUAAUUUAUCAAGAAAAAUACGGCCAAUUUAUAAUACUUUUGAUAUGCGUAUGUGCGUAGAACUUUGAGUUAUAUAUUAUGCUAAACAUUCCAAGUUUAAAUCAAAUUAGAAUUUCGAUAAAAACGAAAGCUCACGUAAAUCCGAAUUCCCUUCAGUCAUAAAAACUUUACAACUUUCUUAUUAAUUGGUUUAUGCUUCGCGCGUUAUAUGACAAAUGUGAGUAUAGAUAAUGCGGAUAUAUUGUAAUGUAGUGCACCUACUUACUUUAUGACUUCCGAUAACGCAAGUAUAAUAUGUAUUUUGAUUUAUGCGAAAUCUUUAAUCUAAAAUAUGAUAAUAACGGUAUUGUGCAUAAUAUUAUAUGUAUAAUGUAUACGUAAUUAAUCAAAUUAGUUAUUAUAUAAAAAAGUUUUUCUCAAACGUCUUUAUGUAGCACGGUCGCGUUGUGUGCGUAUAAGUAUUGAGUAUAGAUAGGUAAUUUCUAGUAGUUUUAUUUAAGAGAGAUUUCCUACUUUUUUCUCCCAUUUUUAUUUAUAGGUAUUAAAGUAUAACGUGCAGUAUCAUCAAUUGGUUACGGAGGUCAUAUGAUGACAUAUAGGUAUUUUCUACGGUCAUGAUAUCCGUCAACGAUCAUCCGUUAACAACCUUGUAAAGUGUAUAAAAUAUUAUAAAUAAAAUCUAAUCUAUAGUAUAAGGUAAAUAAUAUUUUAUUUUAAUAUUUUUCAUACAAAAUCCAAGCGUAGUUUGAUUCUUAUUAAACAUUUUUAUUUAAAGUUGGCGCAUAAUGGUUAUUAUUUGAUUUUCUCUGUAGUUUUCUUAUAAUUAUAAAAACCGAGCAAACUAAGGAAAAACGUGAAAAUUAACAAGUAAUAAUGGUUUAAUUAUUUUCGGUUUUUGAUUUUUUUUUUUUUUUAUUUGUUUGAAAAUACCGUAGAGACCCGACAUUUUCAUACAAUACUUAUAUAGACGUAGUAAAAUGUUCGAGUUGUUUUAGUAUUUAUUUGAUAGGUAUUAUAAUAUGUAGGUAUGAUUGUUUGAUUAAACAAAAAUGCAUGAAAAUUUAAUGUGAAGUUUAUUAUAAGUUGUUCUUUGGGACAAAAAGAUUGAGCGUAAUGUAGUAGUUUUUUUUAUAAGCAUUUUAAGUUUAGUUUUUGACAAAACUCGUGAAAAGCAUAUUUCAAAAUAUGUAUAAUCGAACAUCGCUCAUAAUCGUUUUUCGUUAGCAAUGAUUUAUCGUUGCGUGCAGAUAUAAGUUAAAUAAUACUCUAUGUAUCCUACCUUUCUUAUUUCCCACCUACAACUGUAUACCCGUCAGCAGUAUCAGUUUUUUUUUUUAAAAAUUCUAAUUGUGGGUUAACUUGAGUAUAAGGAAAUUAUAUUCAAAUAGAAUCGUUUAAAUUUUUGUUUCAGUAUACACAAUCUAAAUCAUUGUAUUAGUAGGAUUCACUAGAAUUAUUCCAUAUUCUAUAUCUUUUAAACUUCCCUCCUAAAACAGCGGUCCCCACCCAUGUUGCGAAGUAUACGUCCGUCUUUUUUGUUUAAAUCGUUAUUUUACAGGUUAAAUAGGUUAAAUGUAAAUUUGUUGAUUUUAAAUCUUUAGAACCGUCGUAAAACUUAAUAUGUUAGAACGACAAUACGAUAGAACUGUGUAGUAGUUUUACCCGUUUAUAAAAACAACAAAUUAUAUAAGAUAUAGCUAUAAAUUAUGUCCUAAGAUAUAGAACUUCUCGUCUGUUUCAGUAAAUAUAAUAUUUUUAGCGACCUCGGAAAGACAAUAUAAAAACUCAAUCCGAUCACCCGCCGGGUUCCAGCUCAUGUUCUGUUUUCUCGUUAAACGAAUUUUAAUUUUUCUAGCGAUCCGUUAUUGUUUUUUUUUUUUUUUUUAAUUUAUAGACUCUUUACACUUAAAAACGUUAAAAUGAAUAAUUUUACAUUUCUAAAUAAAUAUGUUCUGUAUUUGGUGUGACUAAAAUUAGAAAAAAACGGUAUUCAGUAAAUAAUACAUAUUUCAUAAAUAUUAUCAUUAAUGUCGUUAUAAUCAUUAAUUAUUAUCAUUAAUUCGGUAUAAAAUACUGACUGUUGUCUGAUAAUAUUGUUAAUCGAAGCAAGUAUUUGAUUAGGUAAUAAAAAAAAUUUAUUGUGAAUUUGGUCGUCCAAUGUAUUAGAUGAUCUUUAUAACCAAAAGUUAUUACGACUAAACAGAAUAUUAUAUAAUUAUUUUUUUUUUACAUUCAUUUGAACCGUUGAUGAGGUUUCUAAUUAUUUUCUCCAUUCACAUAGGAGCUGCAGCUUACCAGGUCUUGUGGAACUAGUCUUUAAAAACGGUCGAAUCCAUUUAACGCAUUUGAAGAGACACUUUAAUCUGCACUCGAAUGACUACACUUUAAUAUACGUAUCAUCUCAAACGUAGGUAAUCAACUGUAAAACUGAUACCAACUCAUUUGGAUAUAAAAUUUGUUCAGUAUAAAAACUAAUAUACGUUAAAAUUCGAAAUUUUCCAAUUUGUUCAGACGUUUUAUUUUUAAAUAUUUAGCACGCAUUUUGUAUACACUUGCACGAUACAAUUAAGAAUCGGUACGAUAAGUACGUAUUGUUUCUGGAGCUGAUACUGUUGACAGGUGAGGCAUAUACAUAAAGUUAUUGAAUUUAUGUCUGAAUGCAAUGAUGAAUCAUGUGCUAAUAGAAAAUGAGUCUGACAGAAAUUCGGUUAAAUAUGUUUUGAAAUGUCAUGAUUUCUACAAUUCACGUCUAAAUUUGCACAUAAAUUCUUUUUAAAAUAAAUCUACUAGGUUAAACUCAACUAACGUUUUUCGUUACGGAGCAUAAAUUAUGAGGAAUAUCUUGUGAUAAAUUAGCAAGCAUUUCUGUUAGCCAAGAAAAUUGUAUCCACAUAAAUCUAAAUAGAAUUUUUUUGAAAAAGCUGAACAGUUUAAAAUUCCUAAAUAAAUAUCUCAAAAAUCAUCGGAAUGUUUUGAAAAUUUUACCACGUGUCUAGAAAUAACUAAUAUAAGAAGCAUUCUAUGAAAAUGUCAGUUCUCUAAGAUUAUUUUUAACCGAAUUACAAGAAAAAGAAAAAACCAAAAAUAAAGAAAUUGUUAUUGCCGUAAAUUUUCCCUUUUUCCCAAUUAUUAAGAAAACUACAAGGAUAAACAAAAAUGACAUUGAUAUAUCAACUAAACAAUAUGCUUUACUUGAAAAUCGAUGGGCAAGAUUUUUGGUAGAAAAAAGAACAAAAUCUAAAUCUAAAAAACAAAGUAUACAUUUACUUUAUUCCCCUUGUUUUAUGUUAUUAAUUAUAAAUUAUUUUAUAUUCUUACGUGACCAUGUUUAUAUUAUAUUUAUUUUAGGAAGAGUACGUAAAAAUCGUAUCUAUUAGGUUAAACAUAACAUGUUUCAGUUCGUUUCUUUCGUUUUAUGCAUGGACAAGCUUUCCUUGAGAGAUGGGAUAUAAAAAAUAUAAUUUUCAUUGGUUUUUUAUAUUUUUUUAAUAAUAUUGUAACUUGAUAAUAUAAUUAAAUAUGAAAGAUAAAAUUUAUGAUAAUAUACAAAUAAUUUAGUUUAAACUGUUGGUUUUAAUAGAGAUUCAUGGGGAAAAGACGAGAUAUAAAAUAUUAUAUUCGACCGGCGACGACGUUAUAAUAUUAUUGAUAAUAAUUCACUGUCUUUGCUUUAAAAUUACUACUGUAAAAUAAUAUAAGGGUUUUUUUUUUUAUACGUUAGGUAUUUGUUAUAUUUUCAAAUCUUUUACAUUUGUAUACUAUAUUUUACUAUACAUUUACCUAUUAUAAUACGAGUAUGUAGAUAUAGUUUUGUCUGUCUGUGGUCGUAAAACUUAUACGGAACUGUUUCUCAUUAAAUAAAAGAAUUGUUUUAGUAAUUUGCGUGUCCAGAUAUUUGUUAGAUAGAUUUUUUUCAUACGAAAAAAAAAUAUUAUGUUUUAAGAUAAUAUAUAAAAGCAACGAAAUAUUUAAAACGAAUUCGCUACGGCGCGGUAUAGGUACCAGCGAGAUUCAGAUUUCACAGAACUCGUGUAAUAAAAACUUCCUGUAGUUCAUAAAAUACACAUAAAAAUACAAGUUCUUUUUCUUUCUGAGAUUUAAAUUACACAGCCUUUAAUGUAUGUAGAUAUAUCUUACCAAGGUAUUAAGGUAUCUAUACUGAAAAAAUAUUGAAAAAAUAUUUAUUUAAAAAAAAAAUACUGAAGUACUUAAUUAAUAUUCAUAACGUAGGAUAUAUAUAUAUAAUUUUCUUUUUACGAAAAAAAUUAUUUCUAUACCUAUACUUACUUAUAAUUUAUUUUUAACAUAGAUAAGUUAAUAAUUAUUAUAUUAUAAUCAGUGAUAUACAUAAUAAAACUGAAAUAUUUAUUUGUACGUGUAAUAUGUGUAGGUAGUAGGUACCUAAUGUAUAUUAUGUAUAAUAAAGAGUUCUGAGCAUACGUAACUAAAGUAGACUAUAAUUGAAAUAGUGCAUUGUAACACAAAAUAUCUGGUAAGUUCUAUUGUUUAGUUAUAUUGUAAUUAGAUAAAAGUGUAAUAUUUGAAAUCGAGCAUAGGAUGUAAACAUUUUUUAGGGGAUUACUUCUGUAACUAUUCCAGUUUUGGUCUUUAGUCCAGAUUUCAGCCCUUCUCAAAUGUCAAACGCUAGUUGUGCCUAUAUAUAAUAGAGGUUUAUGGAGUGUAACAGGACUAUUUAAAAUUUUUACAUUGUAGUUGCAAGUAAAAAUAUCAAUUAGACCAGUUACACCUUGUAUAUUAGAAAAGUACUUAAUCUACAAUAAGUGUAAUAUCUUGACUAAAUUAGAAAUACAAUGGUUGUGUGUUAUUUGUAUAGUGAACCAUUUCAGACUGAGAAAAACAUUUUGCUUAAUCAGAAAUCUUUGGGCUCGUUAGGUUUGAAUUCGAAUUGUUGGUUCUAAUUUUACCUGUCAGUCAUCAAUGUCUUCAACAGUCACAAAUCAUAAUUACAAUUAGUAUACACCUACUUUCUCUCAUACUUAAAUAGUUACAUCUUAUAAACAAGGCUGUCGUUUAGCUUUGCAGGUAAAGGUGAAAUGUAAAAUUGUUCGGAUUGAAAAAUAUAUACAAAACUUAUAAAAAACAAAUUUUAAAAGAAAAUAUUCCGCCCGGUGGUCCUUUACUUGAAAUGUUUUUUUGAAAUUCUCAAUAGUUCACCCCCUUAGAUUCAAUUUAUUUUUUCUGGAGAAAUACUUUGUCGAUUCGUAAAAACCAUUUUUUUUAAACAUUAAAAACGAAAAUGGACAAAAAUGAUUUCUGAACUACUCUCUAGUCUUUAAUGCUCCAAAUCGAUUUUCGACUGCAAUAAUUUAUCGAUGCAUUGACAUUUCAGUAUGAGCAUGCAUUAUAAAUUAAAUUACCCUAUAAUUUCUCUUAUUCCUUUUCAACUCGCCAGCUACAACAAAUGGUCUACCCACGGUCCGAAUUUUAAUGUCUGGCUUUUCAUAAUAUUUUGUUUUUAUAAUUUAUUUAGAAAAAUCACUCGUUUGAAACUUUCAAAUAAUACUUGUCUAAAAUCCUUUACAUAUUAUCACUUGUACGUUUGGCGGAAGAAAGUUAUCGAACUGUAGUUAUAUACGAGUAUAAAAUAAAUACUCGUACGGCCAAUCCGCAGAAGAAUGCCAGUGUCAACAUAAAUCGUAUAAAAACUAUAAACUCCCGAGUACAAAUAUCGCGUUGUUAUUAUAUACAGUGAACUCCGGAAUCGUAUAUAUCCGAGUUGUGAGUGCACGAUGAUAAUAUUAUAUCGGGGAAAGAUCGCAAAUUAUUUUACAACCAAAAGUAUAGUUUCGGACGGACAAUAGUAAUCCUAAUACUAAUAAUAUAACAUUAUUGUUAUUAUUAUGAAUCACUCAAGGGAUUAUUAUAAAGUGCAUAUAAUAAUAAUAAUAGUAUUUCUACAAUACUGUAAAGAUUUUUAAAAAUUUAAGCGUUCGGGACGUAAACGUUUUUAAUGGUCGAAAAACAACUGACAGCGUACCAAUAUUGUGGUUUAGUUUCGUUGAAAAACUGAAAUGAAUGAAAUAAUUUGAAGACAAAAAAAACCGUAUUUACGCCACUGUUAACGGCAAUGUGGAACUAGCGAUGCAUAUUUUAAAUUAAUAAAAUAUAUACGAGUAUAUGAAAAAAAUGCCUACGUUUUCUGCACAAAGAAUACAUUUAAUUGUCAGGCCGGCCAGGGAGAAGUGAUUGGUAAAAAAAAUAUUUUCGAAUUAGAAUAUUUAGAAGCUCGUGAUAAUAGUGCAGGCCGUAUAUACAAUAAACACCAAGAUUGGGUAAAUUAAUUAAUACUAUUAACUCAGUUGAUUGAAAAAAAAGUUAACGAAUUGAAUCCUACUUUAAAAGUUAAUUAAUUUUUUUAUCGUAGUUAAAUAUUAAGUUAACAAAGUUAAUUUGAAAAUUGAAAUGACCUAUUAAAUUAAUUUGAGUUUAUUAUAAAAUUGUUAUUGUCUUAUUACCUAAAUAUCGACUUUGUGAUUUUUGAAAAAAUAAGGAAAAUCAAUAUUAAACACAGGGAGUAUAUUUCAAAAAUAUACUUAUACCUAUUAUACUUAUUUAAAUUCGAAACUUGAAAAAAAAAAUAAGUACACGUUUGUUAUUUCUAUUCAAAUAGUGUAUAGAUUUUAAAUUUAAUAUUGUGUGAACAUUUAAACAAAUUUAAAUUAACUUAACACAGCGUGUUUGCUUAUUGUAUAAUUUAAAACAACUCAUUAUUUGUUAAGUUGAUAGAAAAAAAAAAACAGUUAAUUUUAUAUUGAUUAAAAAGUUAAAAUUUACUUACAUUACCUACAUAAUAGGUAAUAUCUUCUUAAUCGCUAUUUAUUAACUCUAGGAGUAAAUACGAAAUAUACCGAUAAUUUUGUAAUAAUUUUAUUAUUGUUUUGUGCGCAUAUUUUAUAUUAUGUACGUUGAGUUUAUCCGAAAUACUUUAUUCGUACCUACGUUACUUGAAGACAUUAUUGUUUUGUCCAACACCGCCGGUACGGCGAUGGAAAAUCGUUUCUCGCGCGUCAUAAUAAUAAUAUUCUUGAGGUGCCUACACAACGUAUUAUACUUACGUAACUUGUAAAUCAUAAAACACACUCGCGGGUAACGCUGUUGAAGGGCUCUAGAGGCUCAAACACAUUAUCCUCCGGUCGGAUAGAUUUUUCGCCAGAAACGUGACAAUAGUGUUGAUGAUUUAUUUUGCCGUGAAAAACCCCGUGUUCGGUUACCAUCACAUAUAUUAUACACCUACCUACCUACCUACCUACCUACCAAUAAUAUAUUAUUACGUUUUAAUUGAAAACAGUCAUUGGAGAUUAUAUGAUGGGCUGUGGAAAUAAUAUUCCAACUCUCUGGUCACGCUUCUGAUGGAUAAUUGUGUACAAUAUAUAGUGUGUCCUGCCGUGUUUGACGGAUUUUUCUAGCGCUGUUAAUAUUAAAUUUUUGUUUUUAAUCGGUUUGUCUUCGAGGGGAACAUUGAUUUGGAGAACAAUUAAGUUUUUAUUUUCGUCCCCUAAUAACAAAAAAAAAAAAAAAAACUUACUUACUUUUUACUUACUCACUUAAGAAAAUGUUCAAAAUAGCCAUUUUGUAAAAAAUAUUAUUCUUAAAAUUUUAAUGUAUUAUACAUUUAUAUCCGAUUAAUAGUUUCUUAAUUAUAGCCGUUUUAUUUUCUAGAAAAUAGGCGUGUAAACAAUUAAUUUUCAAUUAAUGCUGAUUGUGUUGAUUGUGAUUCCUUAAUUCCUUAUCACAUAAAGUGUUAUUUUAUUGAAUAUUAAUCGUUUUCACGCGUAUUUUCUAGAAAUCAAAACGGCUAUACCUAAGAUAUUAUCCAUCGGAUAUGAAUGUGUGAUAAAUUACGAUUUUUUGAAUACAAUUUUUUACAAAAUAGCUAUUUUGAAAAUUUUCUAAAGUGAAUAAAUAAAAUUUUUUUUUGUGUAUAAGGGAUGAAAAUAAAAGUUUAAUUUUUCUCUAAAUCGAUGCUCCACUCGAAGACAAACUGUUUGAAAAAUAAAAAAAAAAAAAAAUCGAAAAAAAUUUAAUAUUAACAGCGCUAGAAAAGUCUGUCAAACACAGUGGGGCAAUUGUGUAUACAAUAAAUAUAUUUAUAUUAGGGAGAGCCAAAUGAGAGAGGAAAAAAAAUGUUUUCAAAAUAUCAUGUACAUAUUUUUACAUUUUUUCUGCUAAUAAAUUUGUUAAUAUUUAUUUUCCCUUUAUCUCUUUAUAGGACCUAAUUUGUUUCUUAUUUCAUUCGGAUAAUUUACCCUCAUGUCAUGUUUUGUUCAGCAAGUCUUAAAAACAAGGUUCGAUGGUAUUUUUACACCUGUAAAAAUAAAAUAUAUAGAUAAAAAAAAUUGAUUUCUGGUCUACCUAAAUACACAUUAUAUUAUAUUUAUAUUUUUAUCUCAACAUAUCUAUGGCAAUAUCACUGUUAUCAACGGGUUAAUAUUCUUUUGUUUAUAGCAGGAGGUGGGAGAAUAGGGAUUUUAUCCUCUCUAUUGUACUAAAAAUACAUCAAAUAUGAGUAUUUACUUUGUAAUUUUAUAUUGAAAUAUAUAUAUUUUAGUUGUCUAAGUACCAUAAAGGAAAAAAUCUUGAUUUAUUGAAUAAAAGUUAGCAUUUUUGGACCUCGAAUUGUUAUAUCAUUAUCGGGUUAUGUAUAACAGAAGAAGAGAUACUAUUUUAUUUACUAUACUACUCUAUAUACUCUCCCGUUAAAAAUUCUUGGACAUGUUAUUGUCUAUGUUAAUCAUGUUAAUGAAACAGUUAUAAACUUAAAAGUAGUCAAAAGGUACUUUUAACUCCCGAAAAUCCAUGACACACAAGGAAUGUCUUAAGUACGGAAAGAAAUUUUUUAAUAUUUUAUGGGAAUUAAUUGAAAAUAUUAGAAUUAAUAAAUUAUAGUAUAGAUCAAUAAACUUACAUGUAUAUCCAAAUAACUCUGAAAAAUGAAACUGCGCUCAGUGUCCAGAUUGAAUUAUAAAAUACGUUUGGUGCAUUUGUCUGUAUACUAUUGAAUAUUUAUUUUUUUUUUUUAUUUUGUGACAAUAAUUCUCUAUGUAAAUAAUGGUAACUUAAGUAUACUUACUUAUAACUAAUGCUAAUCCCGAUUUCUAUCAGAACCGCAGUUUUCCCACUCUUUCAUGAACAUCUUUAUUUCCAGUGAUUUUUUUUUAAAAAAAAUGUUACUAUUUAUAAUAAUAUUGUAAAUAUAAUAUGAACUUAACAAAAAAAAAAAAAAAAACAUAUUAUUACAUAUUCAUAUUCAUACAUCGCUAAAUUUAUCGUUUGCAUUAAGGGACACAGCUAUUUUUGUUAAGGAGUAGAACGUUGGCAAUAUAUAUGCAUACCGUACGUUUAUAUAUAAGUAAGAUAAAAUGUCGUUUUGUUACUUUUACCCGUAUAAAAAUUCUAAAUGCUUACAUUUUUAACUUUUUUCUUUUUACGUAAAAUUUUUGCAGUGGGCUUUACGGUCUUCGAAAAAUUUAUAUUCUUCUAUUAUAUCAAACAACACGUACAAAGUUGUCCUUUACACAAUGAAAAAUACAAAUAAAUCAUUUAAUUCAAUUUUUAUGAAGAACGGGUUUUAUAGUAUUAUUUUUCGUAUAAUUUUAUCCAAUGGAGAUUAUAUAAUAAUUUUUUCAUAUUUUUUAAAAAGUGCGCCUCCCCUUUUGAACAGAACGACUAUCUAGUCACACACUACCAACUUCAAACUUAUUAUAAACGGUUACAAUAUUAUAUUAAUAGUCCGGUCUUGUAAUAUUACGUUGAAUAAUUGGAAUUGAAAAUCUGUUUAGUCAGUCACACAUACAUCCACGCACCCGUACACGUGCGCCACCCGUCAACUUUUCUAAGUCGCCACCACUUCCGCUUCCGAAUUGUUAUAUUAUUACACCAUAGCCUUUAGAUACAGAAUCGGUACUGGCAAAGUCGUUAAAUUAUUAUCGCUCGUUGUCCAGGAAGGACAAGUAUAUCAUUAUAACGGCGGCAACACCAGCACAAACAGCCACCGCUGCCGUUUAAACGGUGUGUUGUACGUGGACCAUUAAUAAAUUAACGUUUAUGAAACGUGGCGGUGUCGUAUGUCCUCCGAAGAGGACGAGGACGAGUGGCGUGGCAUAUCAUGUCGACAAGAACCUCGUCGUCGUCGCAGACACAAUAAACCGAACACAGGCCAUGUGAGUUAGGUUGCUGGUCGUAACGCUGACGCGGCGAACACAUGGCUCUCGGCUCGUUAUAAUAGUAUAAAGUAUAAUAAUAUCACACAAUCCGGCUAUUAUAAUAUUAUCUACUGUAAUAAUUUCAGUAUGAUGGAAAUAUAACAUUACAGGGCGGAAAGAAAAUCACGGUUUUUUUCAAACAACCCAAUAAUUUAUUAUUCGAAAUAAUCAAAAAUAGAGCUAAUGGACAUGUCAUUGUUGUAGGCGGAAAGUUGGGAAGGUUGGCUACAUAUAAAGUUAAAGAAAUACGAUUCUGAAGAAGUUUAGUUAAAAUAUUUUGGAAUGUUUGAAGUUCUGUUCUAUGGUUUAUUUUACUUACUAAGCGCAUGGGGGAAAAACUAACCACAUCUUUACUUUCUGGACGUUUACUUUCUUAUUAUUUUAUUUUCUGAAAGUAGAUAUUCUAAGUUCCUACUUUUUGACAGUUUAUUUUCUGAAACAUUAUAAUAGACGUUCUUUUUUUAAAAGCAAGUAGUUUUUAUUUGAUUCAUUGAGUACUAUGAUUAUUUGUCCACACUGUGUAGUAUACAUUUAACUAUACGCUUUGUAAUAGGAAUACAAUAAUAAUUUGCGUGACUAAUGAUUAAAAAAAAAAAAAAAAAACUGCUAUCGAUAUUUUUCAUUCCACAUUAUACCGUAUUAUAUAUUUGGAGGUCUUUUUUUAAACAUUUUUAUUUAUUUUUAUUGCUGACAUGAAAUUAUUUAAGACUUUUAUGGGUUUUCGAGUGGACUAUAAAUAAUAAUAGACGUAUUGCUGCAGUUUUGUAUAUACGUCGCAUAAAUUAACGACAUCGUCGUAAAUAUAUCGCGCGCGUAUUGGGUAUCCCACGAGGAUUUAUUAUUUUAGAGUUGUGAUGCCCGCGCAUAAUGGUGUUUACAUUACUUUCGGCAUCAUAAAAAAAAAAAACAUCAACAUUUUUUCGGAGAACACCCGGUAGUUUAGAUGUAUUUACCUAUACAGGAUUAUAAUCAGCAUUGAGGCGCAAACAACUGACAAGUAACGUUUAUUUAAAUGAAAGGUAUUUAUCCUAAAUUUCAAAUAAGUGGAUUUUAACUAGAUAAAAAAAAAAAUAAUUUUUAAACUAUCAAUUGUUGAGGAUAUUAUAGCUAGCAGGGUGACUUACACUUAAAUGGAUAUAGAUAAUUGUUUUUUAUCUUAAAUAACACAGAUAGAUACAAACACUUUCAUCUAGUUAAUAUAAAAGAUAAACUAUUAUUAUCUAGAUAACAGAUUAAUUAUAUUAAUGUGUUUAUCUAGAUAAAUCUGAAGACUGAUCAUAAUAUAUUUUAUUGAAAACAAAUAUUACGAAAUGAAAGUUACACUUAGUUGUAAUAAUAAUAAUAUUAAUAUUGUGAUAUUUCUUGGAAUCAGAUAUGGGAGGUAUUUAUAAGUAAUACUAAUAUACUAAUCUGAGAUAAUAUUAUAUUUUAAAACUUUCAUUGAGUCAUCGAGAUACAACAUUUAAAAGUAUCUUGUACCUAUAAUAUAUAUUUUAUAUUUUUUUAGGUACAAUAAGUUACAUUCAAAAGUUAGAAAGGUAACUGGGAAUUUUUUUUUUAAAGUGACAUAAUCCACAUAAUCUACAAACUCACCAUUUUGUACUCAUUGUUUACUGAUAAUUUAUAAAUAAAACUAAAAUGCUAUGUAAAACCAAUUAAACUAUAAGUACUAUAUUUUAUUCGAUAAUAAAAUGUACCAAAAUAUUAUUUCAUUAAGUUUGAAUAAGAAUUAGGAACUCUAAUAAAUUUAAUAUAAUCUAUUAAAAAUGUAUAGUAUAUAUUUUAUCUUUUAUGAAUCUCCACGAUACUAUUAUAUUUAGUUUUUUUAAAACAGAUAUUGAGGUGUAUUAUUAUACAAUUAUUGGAGUUUGUUGCAUCUUGUUUAUAGGUACACACUAAAAAUAGAUAAAUUAUUACUUGUUUUGGAUAUCUUAUUCAACCCUGCCUGUAACUCAUAGACCAACUGCGCGGAGUUUUGGCGCAGCAAGCGCAUUAAUAUUUAGGUAUACGAUUUGUAGGACAGCAGCGUGUACACAAUAGGACAUGACAACCGAUCCGAAUGCUUAUUGUUUAAAUACUCUUGUUUCGUACCAAAUCGGAGCUCGCCGUGAGAAACAAAAGGCAAUUCUCCGGCAAGUUGUUGUAUGUGUUUGCGUGUGUAUGUGCGUUCCUCACAUUUAACUCAAUAUAAGGAAUGCCAAAAGUUUUAAUUUUAAUAUUAAUUUUUGUUCUGACAAUGAAUAACAUCGGUUGGAAUAUCCGUCAAUAAAUAACACAAUUUAUACGAAAAUAUUAUGUAGGUCGGUAUGGGUACCUACUGUAUGUUUUCAAAGGUAACUUUUCGAAAAAGACAAUUCAAAUAUUACGUAUAGGUGUUAUAUACCUAUGCUGUUUUCAAUCAUUGUGAAUAAUACUUCAAAACAUAAUAUUGUCGCCUUUCACGACAACGACGACAACGACGACAACAAAAUAAUAAUAAUUAUUUUUCUCGUAGGUACUCGUACACAAUGUAACGUACUGGUAUAAACUUUAAGGAGCGUGCAACAUAUUAUUUCGAAUUCAACUCAGUUGAAAACCUAGCAUUUCGUGAUUAUUUCAAAUCUCAAAAUAUAUAGUAUUAUAUUAUAAUAUAGGCAUUAAAGAUAAUAUUAUUAAAUUAUAUGACGUGCUCACAUAAACCGCACGUGCAGCACGAAAAGACGAUUAUGGAAUUUUUUUUUUCUGGUAUAUUAUAAUAAAAAUUCCAUUAUAAAAAUAUUAUUAUUUUUCCGGUGGACCUACGACGUGGAAACCGAAAGUUUUUCAUUUGUCUUAUCCAAAUAUAAUAUUAUUACCUACCGAUUGCCGUUUGGGUGGUUGGUAAUAUUUUUGGCCGUUGCCGUUUACCUUCGAAAAUGAGAUAAUCUUUUCUUCCACUAUCUAUUCCUCACCAUUGUACAAGUAUAAUAAUAUACAUAAUAUUAUACGUUUUUAUGUUUGGUCAUUCGUUCAUUACCGAAGUAAGAAAUCGUCACCCACCUAAUAAUUUGUAUAUUAUUUAUAUGCAUUGUAUACCUAUACAGUAUACAUUUCAUAUUCUGGACAAUAAUAUUUUAUGAACAUUUAGAUUCUGAGCUAAGCAAGGAAUAUGCAUUAGAUUUGCUAUAAUGUAUGCUUUUAGAUUUUUGGUGCAGUAAGGAAUGCCUUACUAAGUUUGGUGUACUAUCUUCAAUGUACUGGUUUUACUAUGAUGUGUGUUUUUUUUGUUUUUUGUGUUUAUUAACAACUUUUCCACGUACCAGAAAUCUUUCUUCAAUCUUCAAGUUUAGUAUCUUUUCUAACAUUAAAUUUUGUCUAGUUGGUAUAUUAGGUGGGUAUUUUUUUUUUUAUUUUAUUAUUAACUGGAAGAAACCGGUGUGCUUGAUACCGUGUUUAAAAAUACAUUUUUAUAAUGGCUAUCUUGUACAUUGAAAAAAAAACGGUUUUUUUUUUUUUUUUUAAUUUUUAGUUCCAAGAGACGCCUUGUAUAGUGUGUAUAAAAUAACUACUAGCUUUUCAAUGUUUAGAGGAAAAUGAUAUGAUUUCAAAAGGACAAUUUGGAGGGAAAUUGAAUGUAUUUUUUUUUAUCUUUUUUUUUUAAAGAACAGAUGUUGGUAGUAAAUAGAAUCUAAUAUUUUUAGAGGAAAAAGAGCUCACUCAUAUUUUUGUUAAUAUUAUUGUUAGAUAUAUAUUUUUCGUUUUACGUUGUCAAUAUGAGCAUUGUUAUUUUGAUAUAAUAUUACUAUAUACGACUGCUACGACUGGUAAAAACGCUUGUUUAAAAUUCAUGAUCGCGUUUUCGCCAUCUUUGCGGGUAUUCUUGGCAUAUACUCAAACCACACUUUAUUAAAGAAAUAACGUAUAAUAAUAACAAUUUUAUGUAAGUUAACAAAUAUAACGCAAAUAUAAUAUUGUUCCGACUGAAUUUUACGGAUAAAAAUGUCAAAGUGUUGCACUUUCAUAGAGAUAUAAUAUUAUUGUACUUUAUACGGGAAGCUUAGAUUCAUUUUACCUUGGAGAGUGUGUGUGUGUGUGUGUGUGAGCGCGCAUCACGUAGGUAUACACAAAUAACACAAUAUUUCGGCGAUGGUGGCAAACAAUACUACUACUACUAACUGCAGCCUGUAUAGCUAUAUCGCGGUAAUGCGUAGCAAAUUAAUUUUAAAGAUAUAUCGUAUUAAAUAAAAUGUCGGGAUCGUUUGAACCGCUAAAACUCCUAGCGCAGCAGCCACAAACUGUGUACUACGUGCCUCGUGUGAUCUUGGGGUUCAUAUAAUAUUAUGAUAGCAACACUGCAGCAGUCCGGUCAAAUAUUAAGACCAUACAAAUAUAAUCAUACACGUACACACCGCUGGAAUAUAAAUGAAUAAUCAAACGUGGAUAAAGCGUACUUUUUAUUGCCUGGCGUGGUUUUUUUUUUUUUUUUACUAACUAAGAAAAUCGUUUAUCGAUGUUUGCGAUCGGUUAGGUUAGGUCACCUGAUCUAACCUACUUAUAGUAUUUUCCUAAUACUCUUUGAAAUAAUAAUUUUUCUUAUAUUUAUUUCAUCAUCACAUUUUUAUAUUCGAUUGUAAUAUACCUAUGUAUAUUACAAAAUCGUUGAACUUUUACAUACUAUGAUAAACAAUUGAGUGUAAUUAUGCUACGUCUAAAGUGCUAAUAUAAACUGUAUGUGUUGUAUUAGCUACCUACUUGAAUGCCACAGAAGUUCAGUUUGUCCGUCAACAUGGCACUUUUUGAAUAAAAACUUGUUUCUAAAAUGACGCAUUAGACUAACUAACUAGUGCCUUAAUAUGCAUGUGGAGUAUGUACAUCAAAAUUGGACGAUAAAAAGGGUUGGAGUUUUAGAAAGGAAAAUAUUAAGAAGAAUCUUUAAACCGGAAAAAAAUGGCCAUGCGAAUUGGGAGUAUAAAACAAAUGAAGAGGAAAAAUAUGGGAUAGUAGGGAUAAUACGAGUUUUAAAGUUUUUGAGGUCGGCUGGGUAAGUGUGGAGAUUCGAAAGAUUACUUGGACAGAUAAUGAACUAGAUAUCAAACGAAGACGUCCUAGAUAUAGAUGGCCGGACACAGUACGGGAACUUGAUUUGAAAUUACUGGGCGUAAAGAACAACGAAGAAGCAGAUGAGAUAAUGUGGAGAUCGAGUCUUUCAAAAGUCUUACAAUUACAAUAAAAUCACUUAACGAUUCUGUACAAGCAACAUAUGUUUUCAUCAAAAUAUCUUUAUUCUAUAUCAUGUUUAACAUUUAAACCGGAGACGUAGGUUUAAAUUCAGAAACGCUAAAUCGAUUUGAUAAAAAAUUGGGAUGCCGUAUUUAUGCAGUAUAAAGAAUAAGGGUAUUUCAUUAUACAUAUAUUAGUAUAUGUAGAUUAAUAACAGAAAAAUCUCAAAUCAAAUUUGUAUUUAACAUUUUUAUAUAGAAAUCAUCGCAAUUUUGUUUGUAAUAAAAUAAUCACCCUGUAUUAAAUAUACAAUAUUUGAUUAACUAAAACAACGAUAAUUUUCGUAGAAGUUGUUUAGAAAUAUACUCAGUAUUGUUUUGUGAUUAUAUAUUAAUUAGGGUGAAAUCAAUUGUAAAUCUAGUUCACAUGUAGUAUAGCCAAUAAACAGUGGAGAAAUGUGUCAGUUAAACCACUAGAAUAAAGAAACCGAUCGGUGUGGUUUAUUCCCUAAUGAACUGCUAGGAUAUCGUAUAGUCCCUUUUCGAAUUUCUGUGACUGUACACCCAAGUGUCCCGAAAUAGAAACGUUUUUAUUGUCACGGUUUUCUUCGUAACCUUUAUGGACGUUUCGUCCCAUUUUCUAUCCGAGCGAAGUCGACCGAGUCAUAUGUUGAUUAACUUAGUAAGGUAUAUUAUAUUCAACCGGAAAGCAAAAACAUGGUAUUCUUUUUAUAUCGAGUUUAGGGUCGAUUUUUUCCUCAAUUUUGUUCGGCGUCAAAUAAUCGGGUUUUUAAAAAAUUAUAGAGAAUAAGUAUAUUUUCCUGUUCUAAUAGGUUUAAUAUAAAUCGUUUAAUUUUAAUCUGACAAUCAAAGAAAAGAAAGUUUAAAAAAUGUAUACGAUUUAAUUUCAUUGAUUUAUUAUUCGAUUGUGUCCUUUGAGUUUUUUUAAAUUUAAUGAUCAUCGAAAAAGAGAGUUGAAGGAAGUUGAGAAGGUAGGAUACAUAGUUAUUUAAUUUAUAUUUCUACACACUGAAAAAUAAUAUAUUAUUGUUGAUGAAAUAUGACUCUAAGUAAAGUUCGAUUAAACAUGUUUUGAAAUAGGCACUGUAAUUUUUAAGAAUUUCGUCAAAAUUAGAAUUUAAAGCGCUUGUAAGAAACUAUAUAAGUUUAACUUUUUUUUUGAUUAUUUGGUAUAAUACUUAUAAUGAACAUGGUAUUAAUUUUUUAAAAAUUACUGUUCGGUAAAAUCAUUUAUGGUUUAUAAAACUAAAAACGUAGAAAAUAUCAAAUGCCUAUAGAUAUCUCAAAAAUUGCAGAAUGUUUUGAAAAAUCUUGGUUUUAUCAAUUAUGUAUUAUGAAAACCACUUAGAAAAAAAAAAAUGACUUCUCUAAUACCAUAAGAUCCAAAAUGCAACAAAAUAAAGGCUCUUGUCAUUUUUUGAUUGGAGUAAGACCAUUUGAUUAUGAGCAAUUUAAUAUAUUAUUAUCUUUAUAGGUUCUCAUAAUUUAUCAAAAUAUUUACGUAUUUACAUUUUCAAUUAAAUUAAUUUAAUGUUUUAUUAAUCGUCAUUUCAGUUUAUAUCUAUCGUUAAUCUCUAUUUAAUACAUUUAAUGAUAAAUACAAUUAUCGAGUUUAAUAUAAUAAAAAUAUACAGAGUACAGUUUUAUUAACGAUUUGUUAUUUUAAACACGUAGGUACAUUGCAGUAUACGUUUUAAGUGAGGGUCAUUCGAUUCAUAUUGUUCUUUGCGAUUCAAUCAAAUAAAUUUAUAUUUUCGAACAGAAUUAACAAAUUAACCUUUAUACGAUUUGUACUCAUUUAAUUUGUAUUAUUUUUCUUUUUUUGGGAACGACCAAAAGAAACACGGUAUAAGAUUAUCUAAAUUUGUAUUAAAUUUGGAAUAAGUUUGUUUGAUAUAAAAACAUAAAUAGUUUAAAGUUCAUUUAUACGUUUGAAAAUAAUAAUUAUUCGUUUUAGACUUCGUCGUAUAGAGUGAUAAUAUGAGGAAGUUAUUAGUUUUAAAAUUAUGCGUAUUUUUAUCUGAAAUCAAUUUUAAGGGUUGAGAACAUGCCUUAAUUAUUUUUCAUACAUCAAUUAUUAAGUGAGUAUAGGUUAAAAAUGUUUCUCAUAAUUGUCUUCAAUGUUUUUUUAUAUUUAUUAAAGAAACUAUUAAAAACAAUACAAGUCCAUAACUAUAUAUUUUUAGCCUAGGUAGUUGUUUUAAUCACCACGUUAAAUUUGUAUUACUAUAAUAUUUAUAUACUUAUUAUAUUUUAUUAAAACGGAAUAACAUCAAUCAUUAUCUCGAUUUAUGUUUGAUUAAAUAUUUGUUAAUUUUUAUACAUUUGAAUAUAAUUUUUUUUUUUUAAACUUAGGUUGUAAUAUUGACACUGUUGAGAAGUAAUGCUUUAUUGUAUUGAUAAAGCUAGAAUAUGAAAGUUAAUAAAUCAAUUAAACAUUUUACUUAAUUUAAACAAAACUAUACUUCAUAAAGUUUUAGUUGAAUUAAUUAUAAUUUAUUUUUCCGAAUGACUGAAACACAAUUCGAGUUUUAAAUCACGUUUUAAAGAAUGAUCUUUUUGUAGUUAGAAUGUUUAACUUGUAGCGUUUAUGUGUAAAGGAAAAAACACAUUUAUGUUAUUAAGCAACUAAAAUUAUGUAAUCAUAUCAGAGUUUGAAAUUUAAUUUGGGGCUUAUCAAUAUUAAAAUAAUGUAUACUUACCUUAUAUAAACUUAUGUGACUGUAAUAUUGAAAUUGUAUUAAUUUUAAAUCGUUGUUUUAUCUGCAUUAUGAAGAUCGUAUAUUAUUUAAGAAGAAGAUUUCAUUUUUAUAAAAUAUUAUAAUGGGUGUAUUUUUGUUUUACUUGUUUAAAACAAAACAAUUACAAUUGCGUAUGCACUUUUAUAUACCUACGGUUAAGACAAGUUACUAUUAUUUGCAUACUACUACGUACAGGUACGCCUACCAAUGCGUUUAAAUUUUAACAAAAUUUAAGUAGAUAUAUGUAGAAGUACUAUACAGCUUUCCUUUAUUUUCCAAUGUUGUUUACACAUGGAUAUAUAGUACCAGAUGGUAUAUAUUCCGAAACUUUUUAUUUCUUAGUUCUUAUGAGAACUAAGUACUUAAUCUUGUACGUGACUGCGGUCUUUUAUUUUAGUUACGACAUAAAUCUUUAGAUUAACUUCUAAGUGUACGUUUCUAUACCUACUUUUCCUUUGAAUAUUGUUUGUGCCACUGUUGUAGAUUUCAUUUCAUCGCAGCAUUUGUCCAAAACAUGAAAAAGGUGGUUUAUAUUAGGUGAUAUUUUUUUUUACAUGGUGUGGUGUAAAAUUUAAUGUGUGAAUUAUUUGGUACGGCCUUUACCCUGUCGUGGCUAAUCUGUCUCCCUUAUUUUCACCAAACAAACGUUUACUCGUAAAGCUUUUUGUAGCUCGGUAAGAUUUAUCGGAGUUGUACUAUACGUGUAAAUAAAUAGACCGGGAAAGAAAACAGGAACAUUUCUAUCAUAUCAGGUAGGUGAAGUUAAACACAUAUAUACCUUAUGUUUACCUGUACUUCAGUUAUCAUACAAUAAGAGAUGGGUGAAAUUAUUGAUAAUUGCAGUUAAUAAUAUUGAGCCAGAACAAAUAAAAUAAAAAUAAUUUGUCUAUCGUUUUUAUCGUUUUGUUUAUCGUCGAGCAGAACAUGGGAAUUACAUAAAGUUUUACAAUGUUUAUACUAUGUAUGUAUGUAUGUAUGUGUGAGUGCUAUUUCUCAAUAAAAUUAAUUUUAGAAAUGUUAUUUAUUGAAAUAAUAAUGUAUUCGUUAAUUCAUAAAAUCGCGAAAAGCUGAAAAACAGCAAAGGACUUCUUCUUAUAAUAGUCAUUUCACUAAAAUAAAAAUAACUCAUCGGCACUUCAAAUAAUUUGAAAGAAUUAUUCUUCUCUAUUUGACUUUACAUGGGUCUAUUAUUAUCACUGUUAAUCCAUAAAUUUAAGAUCAAAAUAAUCUAUCAAAGUUUAUUUAUAAUCAGAUUACUCCUUUUAUUUUAUAUAAUAAGUACAUAAAAAUGCUGCAUGUAAAGUAUACAAAAAUAUAAGAAUAUACAAAUUAAUUAAUAUGCACAGUUCGUCGGCAUGGUAAAAAUGCCAAUACAAUUAAGGUAGAAUUUAUAUUCUUGAAAAAAAUAAAAAUGCAAAAGAAGUGUAAUAUUUAUAUAGUAAUAUUGUUAUUUAUUAUCUAUGAGAAAAAAAAAUGUAUUAUGGUUAUAAAAUUUAAAUUUAACUUGUUAUUUGAUCAUUUUUACACAGUCAUACGUGUAAGUUCUAAACGUAAGCGAAGACUGUAUUAGUUUUUUGUAAAGUUUUUUUUUUUCAGAAACUUUUAUUAAAUAUUUAUAAUUUUAGCAUUUUCUAAAAGUUUUAAUUCAUUACUAUCUUGGUUUUAAGUUCAUAAAUGUAUGUUAAAUAUGAAUAAAUGUAAUUUGGUUUGUAGGUACAAAAAAUACAAGUUUCAAUUUAAGUUUAAUAAAAUAUGUUUAACCUGUCUUUGUUCAGACUCAUUUUUCGUUUGCAAUGAUUUAUCGUUGCGUACCUAUUGAUUUGAAUUAAAUUACUAUAUUUAUCCUAUUUUCCAAAUUGCUCACUUAUAACAGUGGUUCUUCCACUGUGCGACUCAAAUCGUUUAUUUUUAAAAUAAUUGUACGCAGACAAUUUAUUUAAUUUGAAAUAUCUAUUAUUUUUGAACGAAAUAUAUUUUGUACUUUAAAAUUACUUAAUUUUUGUUUUUUUAUUUGAAUUGUAGGUAUCGUGGAUUAGAAUGCGUGACUUACAUAUACUUACUUCUAGUCUGCAUUUGUACACUAACGACGAUCGGUUCGGGAUUCAACACCCACUUAGAGAAUCGGCUAUUUGGAAUUUGCAAAUUAGAGAUGUAUCUCCAAAAGACAUGGGCUCAUAUGAAUGUCAAGUAAAUACCGAGCCAAAAAUCAAGUUCCUGGUCAACCUCACUGUAUUUGGUAAGGAUAAAAAUUAUAUUAACAUUUUUCAAAUUUGAUGGUAUAAUUUCUUUAUUAGGAAAUAAAUACAAUACGAGUAGACGUCACUUAUAUUAAAGAACAAUUUAAAAAAAUAUCGUAUGAUAUAUUAUGUAUAUACAUAAUUACAUAUACUUAAACUAACCCAUUCUAACAUAACAUGUAUUAUCAUUUAUAUAUUAAAUGUGUAUACAUAUUAUGUAAUAUAUUCGUUUAUAAAACGACUAAAAUUGAAAAAAAAGAAAUUAAAAUUGAAAAUAUAACAUCAACAGAAUUAUUUUAAUUUUCAAUGUGUUCCUUAACUUCAUCUUAAUUACGGAAUAUAGACACGCGUCACCGUUCUCGUCAUAAUUAUUCUCUAUAAUCUUAUCAAGUUUCAAAUUGUAAUUAUUAUUUGAUGGUAGGUACCUACUUCCAAGUUUAUCAUUGGUUUAAUUAUAACAUCAACAACAACCUUGUCAAUAUCAGAAAAUGUACAUAUUACUACUCGGUCGUUUUAAACUUCCGACGAAUCGCUUCGAUUAUUAUAGGAAAAUCCGUCAAGUGGCUCAUUAUUUUCUAAAAUACGAACAUUUGAUUUUAGGUUUACAUCGUUUGAUUAACACAUUACCUAUUAAUUACAAUCUGUUUAAAAGCACGUGAUACCUGGAUUUAUUGUCUCAGUCCAAUUAGCAUAGCAAUAUUACGUAACUUAGAAUUAAAAUUGUUGCGCUUAAGUUUGGUAAAAGAAAUAUAAUAAUAAUAUUUCUAAAGGCAUAUUGCCUUUUUGUUUUUCAAAAUUAUUGCCGUAAAAUGUCAGUUUUAAUUUUUUUUUUUUUUAAAAUCAGUAAUUUUUUUAGUUUAGAAAUAUUUUAGAAAAAUAGGAAUGUAGUGCCCUCGAAAUAUUCUCGUAAUACUUGCGUUAAAACUCUUAUUUCAACUUGAAGUCCAUAAUUUGAAUCAUUGGUGUAACUAGGGAUUAGCCCUGUGGCAAGUUAAAAUUUUGUGAACUAUAGAUAUUUAGUCGAUUUUUUCCUAAGAUAAAUUUACUUUAAAUUCUUUCCACGAUGCAAAUCGUAGAGAUUUCAAGUGACUAUCAAAUGCCAUUUUUCAAAUUCAAAAUACACAUAUUAUUAUAAUAUUUUCUCUUUGAUGAUACAAAUUAUGUUUAAAAACAACAUAUUAAUCGUAGAUUAUAUUAGGAAAUGUUUCAAAUAUUUCUAUACAAUUAAACCAACACUUACGUUACUUUUUUUUAUUUUUAAAAUUGUGUGCAUAUUUGAACCAGCAAAGUAGCUUUUUUAAAAAUUGUAUUCGUACAAUAAUGAACAUCGUCUAAAAUGGAACUAAAAAAUUGCAUUGAUUCACUGCAUACUAUCUAACCUACAAUAUUUUACAGUUACUGUCCGCUAAUUUACAUUUUGAAGUUUGGUGUUUUUAUAUUUUUUAAGAUUCUAAGUGUAGACAUUCGUAAUAACAUUCGAAUAUACAUACAUUCGUAUUAGUUUUAGUAUGAUGCGUGUUUUAUUUCUGUCUAUAAAAAAACUUUAAUAUCAGAAACUUUCUCAAAUUAAGAAAUAAGAAUAGAAAUAUUUGGUAAUAUUUUGGAUCUUGUUGAUGAGUAAAUAAGUCAUUUUUCAAAUUUUCCAUCAGUUUUCAUAAUAAUUAUGAAUUGCCUAAAAAUGUGGGAAAUACGGAAGAGUACGGUAUUGAUGAUUUCGUUAUUUUCGAUUUUAGUUUUUUGUAAAAACAAAAAAAAAAAUUAUAAUAGAGAUUUUUAUCCAAAAUACUUAUAGUAGGCGUUUCUAGACGUGAUAAAAUGUUAAAACAUUUUGGCGUUUUUUGGGUUAUUCAUAGGUAUUUUAUAUUUGCGAGUUUUUUUACGUAGUUUUUAUUUGAUAGGUAUUUUGUUGGAUAAAAUGGCUUGAUUAAACAUCAAUGUGUGUAUUUAUUUUUUCAUAUUUUCAUAGUUAUGAUAAGAUUAAUAAAUUAUGAUAUAACUUAUGAUUUAAUUUUGUUUGAUUUUUAGAUUCUGAACGAAAUUAAACGAAUGUACCUAUUGGUUUUUUUGUCUUAUACCUUGUUCUUAUAAAAAACUUUAUAGACAGUGUCAUGCCGUAUUAUUGCUCUAGUUGGUGCAUUGAGAAAUUCAUUUUUUGAUUUUCUUUGUAGUUUCAUGGUUAAUUGUUGCAUUCAAUUAUAAAUUAAAUUAUUGUAAAUUAUAUCUUCCUUUUAAACUUCCCUUCUAAAAUAGUUGCACACACAUCAGCAUUUUUUUUAUACUUGCAACAUAAAAUACUGCUUGUCAAGCUGACCAAACAAAAUAUUUAAUUCAGUUGUUAAACUUCCAUACCACUAUUUUGUAGAUUUGAGGUAAAAUUGUAUAAAAACUUUACCAACAUAAUAUUAUUUAAAUAUAAGAAUUUCUAGAAUUAGGUUUUUAAGCAGAUUCACAGAUUUUCAGUAACGAUUCUAUAAAAACAGGUAUUUUACGUACUUAACCAAUAUAAAAUUACCUAACAAUAAUAAUAAUAAUAAUAAUAAUAAUAAAAAAAAAUCCAAUUUAAGUAGGUAUAAUAUUAUUACGUUACAUUACAAUAAUACAAUAACGAAAGCUUCCGAACUCAAGGAAGAACAGAAAACGUCUUUUAGGUGUUACCAAAAUUACCACUAUAUUAAUUUUGGCAUUUUAUUUGCGUAGAAAACUUUUUUACUUCAGAUUGUUCUACAAACGAUUUCGUAAGAUAUUUUUAAUACUAAUAUAGGUAUGGUAUAUUUUUGUAAUAUUUGCGUUUUGUAUACAAAAUUAUACAUGCAUACUGUUGUUAUUGUGAGCGGACAGUGUUAGAGUUCUAAUGGAUUUUGACAGAGACUUGAGAUUGUCUGGAGAAAAAUUAUUUUCUGAACUAAAGUUAAAUGUCUUUAAAAUAAAAUUACCGGCCAGAAGAAACUAGAUAAACCAAAGUAUUUUUUAUGCACCUUGAACUUAUUAAGCUUUAAGUAGAAAUUCGUUUGAAUAUGAUAUGAAUUUUCGAGUUGAAAUUUAUAAUAAAAAGAAACAUGAUAUAUAUAUUUUUUUUAUUUCUGGGAUAUCUUAGCAACAUGGGAAAAAACAUAAUCAAUACUAGUACACUCGAAUUCGCUUUUUCCAAAACAAAAUCAUUAAGUUUAAAUUUUAAGUAGGUAUAUUUUCAAUUUACAGCAAUCCCGUUAUUACUCAAUGAAAGUUUGCAAACAACGUCUAACAGUAGUUAAUUAAAUGUAUUCAUCGAGAAAUUCUCAGGCCAUCUAUUUUAAUUCAAUUUAACUUCCUUACUCGUAUAAUACGAUUAUAAUUUAAAAGGGUCAUCGUGACGUUUUGUUUAUAAAUAAUUAAGAAUUUGAAAUGCACGCAAUAGUUAAAAAUUGUGAAACACCUAUGUAUUUGACUACUGACAAUUUGAUAUAUGUUUUAAAACAAAGAAUACCUAUAUACGUAUACAUUAUCUGUUCAGGAUUUAUUUAUUUUUCGAGGUUGUUGAAUUUAGACAUUUUCCCAAAUCCGUUAUAACUGAGUUAAAGAAAUUUCAAAAGUAUUUUUAAGUAGAAUUUUCAGUAAAUUUUUGUAUGAUUAUCUUUUGUUACUUUGUUAUUUUUCAUUUUUUUUGCGUGCAAAUUAACUGUAUCGAAUAAUUUAAAAUUGAAUGCCAUUUUCCGUAAUCAUUUGGCGAAUAUUGAAGAUAGAUUUUCUUCAAAGAUUAUUUUAUCGAUGCACGGUGGUUGGCUAAGUAGGUAUUUAAGUUAAUAACGAAGACCGGAGACGUUUCUUAAUAUUAGAUUUUUGUUUAGUGAAAUUGUUGUUGUAUGGUGAAUUUCCUUUUGACCAUCAUGGAUUUUGCAGGUAUCUAGGAUAAUAAUAAUUCAAAAGUUAUCACAUUGUAUACCUACAGGUCUUUAGUUCCGAAAGUUUAGUGAUCAGUGUAUGAAAAUAUCUUUGGCCGAGUGUUAAAUAGAUUUUGGAAUAUUCGUAUUUUUGAUUUUUGACAGUCAACAACACAGGUAAUAUUUUAUAAAAAUACUUAUAUAGUAAGAUAAUAAUAAUUAAAAAAAUCACACCUUAGGAGUGCACUUUGUCGAAUUUUAUAUUGUUUCAAGUAGUCGGUAAUUGAUUACUAAUCUAGGCUGGUAAACCAUAGAAAUUUCAGAAUACGAUGGUAAAUUAGUUAAUUCGAUUUUCAAAAUGUUUACAGUUGAUGCGUUUUUGAUUGUUACAAUAUAGAGUCAAACUGGGUGUUUCAGUUAUGAAAAAAAAUCCACGGGGGAGGGGGGAUAAGAAGGAUGCGGUAUACUAUGCUUCCCUAUACACUGAACGUAAAGUUUUUAUAUUAAAAAAUAAUUUAAAUAAAAUCUAUUCAGGGAGUCAUUAUAAUAUAGAGUGCUAUUCCGUAGAGUUGGCUAUUUAUUUCUGGAAUACUGUAUGAUAACGAAAAUAAAUAUAAAUUGGUUGUUUUUUAAAAAGAAAGUUAAGGUCAACGGAAUCGCGUUCGAACAAAUAUAUUUGAUAACGCAUACAAUUUACCAGUUUUGUCUUUUCAAAUUUUUAUUAUUAUUAUUAUUAUUUUUUUUUUAAGGUUUUUUAACGCGUCAUUAACAAUACGUCUCGUGUUUAACUGUAUGAUAUUUGGAACGUUCUCUAAAUGUUUAAAUAUUCGUCCAGGUGUUCAGGUUAACUGCCAAAAAAAUUAACGCAUUCACGUUCACCUUCUUUAAUUAAAAAGAGAAAAGCUUUCGUCCAGUCAUUUAUCCAUUCAUUACUAAUACUAUUUAAAACAUUAUAGAAGAUAAAUACUAUACAUUUGAUGCAGCAAAAUUUGGCAAAGUUAAUAUAUUAUGUAUUUGAAUGAAAUCGUUUUAUUUAUUAUUUAAUUUUCAAACGACUAAUUCUAAUUAAAUUAUCGUGAGUUUUACACAAGUUUAAUAAUAAAAAGAGCUGUUACUGAGGAUGGGAGCAGCCACUGUUGUAGGUGAGAAGUUGGGAAGUUAGGAUACAUACGGUUAUUUAAUUUAUAUCUGUAAGCAAUGAUAAACCAUUGCAGACGAAAGACGAUUCCGAGCGCAGUUCGGUAAUACAUAAUUUAAAGUCUCGUAAGUUUUUUUGUGAUUUUCAUUUAAAUUUGAUUUCAAAACGCUUAUUUAAAAAAAAAAGUCGUCCAAAGAUUUUGGAAAUUUUACCACGUCUAGGUUCGUCCAAUAUAAAUAUUAUUACCAAGUUAGUUUCAAGUCUCUACGUGUAUUUAUAACCGAAUUACGGCAAAAAAAUUCCCAAAAAUUUAAAUUCCUUAAAAGCUUAAAAGUGGCUAAAAUUUUUGGUAAUACUACGGUAAGAAAGUAAAUUAAAAAGGCAACAAUAAAGGUGUCUUGUGAUUUUUCAAUUAAAUUAUUUUUUUCUGGUAGAAAACGUGUUUUAUAAAAUAAUGAAAUUGUGAAAUUUGUACGUUUUCCUAUAAGUGCUUUUAUUUAAAAAAUGGCGUUAAAAAUCAAAAAAUGACCGUUUUAAAGUACAAUAUAAACAACUUGAGGUUUGAGGAAAAUUACUACACUUAUACAUCGGAGCAAGUUUACUAGGGAAAAACGUGUCUAUGGACUAGAACAAAGAAAAAAAUAAUAAACAGUGUUGUAAAACCCAUAGCUGCUUCGCUACACUUGGAAUCUAAAAAACCGGAAGUACUACGUACGAUAGUCGGUCACUGUAGAAGAUAAAUAAUUUGAAAUUUACAUAGGAUGUAGGGUGGUUUAGUUUCUUUACUGUAAGAAACCAUGAAUCAUUGCAAGCGAAAACCGAUUCUGAGUGGAGUAAUAUUAGACUUAUUAGUCUAGGUAUUAAUGAAGUCUAUUUUUUUUUUAAUUUUAAAAAAAGUUAUUGGGAAUAUAUAUAAAUGUUUCAAACAAACCUAACCUGUCGAAAAUGUCGUAUCUUUCAAGGCAUAACGAUGUUUAUAAUUUGGAACAUUUUACUCAAAUUUUCAUAUACAUAAAACAUAUAUAUAAAACAAAAUAUUUUGGACAAAGUAUUGGCGAUUAAUUUUUCAAGCAAAGUAUCAAUCAUAUCUGUCGAAAAUAUGUAUGUUUUAAAGGUAUUAUGUGAAAAAAUCAUAGAAUUUUUACUAAGUAAACAUUGUUUACCGAGAAAAAAAAACACAAACGACUUAAUAUCUUCUUUGCUACAUUCAUAAUCUAAAAACAAACAAAAUCAAACGAUCGAAACAAUAUAAGUGUUGACAAAACGACUAUUUUCUAUAACCUAAUAUCCGCAGUGUAAAUACUUGUAUGUGAUUUAUGAUAAAGGUAUCAUAUAAACGGAUAUUGUUUGUUUUAUAUAUUUCUUUUUUAGAUUCCGAGCGUAUUUUUUUACUAUAUUAGACUAAUUUGAAGAAACUGUAAGUCGCGUCGUUGCUUUGGGCCGAUGGUCCGUAGUAUGUUUUGAUUAGACUGUUAAAUUAUCUAUUUUCGUAACUCGUUUGAAACCCAAAACUUAAAAUGAGAUAAAACAUUAAGAAGUGUCGUGCUAAUGUAUAGUUGAAAAAAAAAAACAGCAAGCGUAUAAAUACUGUAAAGUAGUAAUAAAUUUAAACAGAUAGUAAAAAAUAGUUUAAACCUAUAAAACAAUGGAUCGCGUAGUUUGUGUUCUAUAAAAAUAAUGACGGUCACCUACCGUUCGUAAACACGGAUGAUGAACCGCAGUUAACGCGUGUUUACUUUUCGAUUUUAGUGUAAAUUUAAUUCUAAUUUGAAAAGAUUUUUUUUUUUUGUUUAUUUCUUGGUCCCUUUGGUUAUAGGAGAAAUACACGACUGAUACUACGAUUACUCGGAGUAUUGCUUUUUGUUUGUUAGUUUUCAGAAUUAAAUUUUAUGUUCUGACUCGAACGAGGAAUUUAUUGGUUUUACAAAGAUGUUCAAUUUUUCAGUGGACAACUUGAUUACUAGCAAUUUUGAUCCGAUUUACAAUGAUAGCGUUUUUUCUAAAAGGAAAUCUGAUUGGGGAGAUACUUUUAGAAGGUCAUUUUUUGAUUUUCUCGGGAGUUUUCCGAAUAAAUUGAAAAAACUGGGAAAAAACGAGGGGAAAAUAUUUUGAAUUGUACAGUGGGUACCUGCGUACGUUAUUAAUUCCAUAAACUUGAAAUUACUAGCCAUAAUUGACCAUAAGAAAUAAAAUUGCCCAUUGGAAUCUAUACUCACCACUACGACAUUGCGAAUAUGUAGAGACGUAUGGAAAAACAAAAAAAAAAAAAAAUAGCUGAUACUGGGGACGGGUGCGACCACUGCUGUAAUUGAGAAGUUGAAAAGGUAGGAUACAUAUGGUUAUAUUAUUUAUAUCUGUUAGCAACGAUAAACCAUUGCAGACGAAAGACGAUUCGAACCUAACCUUUGAAGUGCCAUAAUUUUUUUUAACCUUACCUUCCUACGUUUUUUCCCGAUUAUUAUGAAAACUAAUUCGAAAAUCAAAAAAUUGAAUCACGUUAAUAAAAAAAAAGAUUAAAAAUUCAACAAAAAAGAUCUUUUGUUGUUUUUUAAUUGGAGCCAUAUUUGUGCUAGAAAACGUGAAAGGUACUUAUUUAAAAUAACGAAAUCUUGAAAAAUUUCUAUUUUUUUUCCCGUUAUUCGUUUUCAAUUUAAAUACCGUUUCAAAAAUCAAAAAAUAGCUUGAGUACUUAAAAUUGAGUAUCAGAAUAAGUGCUACACUUAUACAUCGGAUCAAGUUUUUUAGGAUAAAGGUGGUCUACAGUAUAUAAAUAAAAAAUAAAGUAUCACAGUAAAAAAUUUAAAAAAAGGAAAACCAAGUCGUCCAAAGAUUUUGGAAAUUUUACCACGUCUAGGUUCGUCCAAUAUAAAUAUUAUUACCAAGUUAGUUUCCAGUAUCUACGUGUAUUUAUAUCCGAAUUACGGCAAAAAAAUUCCCAAAAAUUAAAAUUCCUUAAAAGCUUAAAAGUGGCUAAAAUUUUUGGUAACGAUACCGUAAGAAAGUAAAUUGAAAAGGCAACAAUAAAGUUAUCAUGUGAUUUUUCGAUUAAAUCAUACUGGUAGAAAACGUCCGUGUUUUUAUAAAAUAAUGAAAUCGUGAAAUUGUACGUUUUCCUAUAAGUGCAUUUAUUUAAAAAAUGGCGUUAAAAAUCAAAAAAAUGACCGUUUUAAAGUACAAUAAAGACAACUCGAGGUUUGAGGAAAAUUGCUAAACUUAUACAUCGGAUCAAGUUCACUAGGAAAAAACGUGUCCACAGACUAAAACAAAAAACAAAAAAACAAAAAGAAAUAAACAAAAACAGCAUUGUAAAACCAAAUAGCUACACUAUCUAAAAAUGUAUCAAUUUACAAUAUCGAAAACGACAGAACGUAUAGCGAAAUCGGGUAGUCUGAUUACUACUGGCUCGUUGAGAUAGUAUAAUUUAUUGCUCAAAUAUUUGAUUUAUAAAUUGAAUUCGAUCAAACAAAAUUGUUCGUUUCAAUACGCAUUCUAUUGCGAUUCGUUUUAAUGGAAAGUGAACUGUACUUACUUAUACUAAUAAUACAACGUACUGUAUUCAUAUUUUAUACUAUCCGUAAAAAUAUUUUAGUUAAACUUAAUAUAAAUUGCAUGACGGACGGUAUGACGAUUAUUUUUUAUGAAGACUUUAGCAUCGUGUCCGGCGAUUUUAAUGAAGAUUAUGUAUUACGACAGAACCACAUCGUAUAAUAUAUUUGCAUAAAUACGUAUACAUACGAAUAAUUACCUAACAAAUUCAAAAUUCGCACGAAGAUUAAAUACAUUGUAUUACACUAUAUAUAUAUAUAUAUAUACUGUACAUAAAUAUAUAUCUGCGGAUAUAAAACAUGAAAUAUACCUACAUCCGUUUUGUACAAAGUUGAUUUAUUUAAGCAUUGUACAAAUGUUAUUAUGCAACGCCGGCAUUGUAUAAACGAGACACUCGUGCACAACGAAGAGUGUUCUACGAAGAUUACUAAAUUUUAAAACGAUUGUGUAACGGAGUUUAUAUUUUACCCACACCUCUUUGAAAAUCUAGUAUAUCAUCUGUAUGGUAUAACGUUUUCGUUUUCUUUUAUACCGUCUGUAUACCCACGGACAUUUUGUAGGAAUUUUAAAAUUAUACUCUUAGCGAAGCGUGCCAAUCGUUUUUUUUACACACACACAUAUAUAUAUAUAUAUAGACGAAUAUAGUUCCUCGAGUAAUAAACCUUCAUAUUAUUAAUUAAAUAUUUUGUUUGUUUUAGCGGAUUAUGUUGAAAGUUACUUUUCUGACGAAACCGCUGUCUAUAUUCUAUAUGAUCACGUUUAAUUACUAAUAUUUUUUAUAAAGCGACAGUAAGGACAAAACGUUUGAUACAUAAUGCAACGCAAUAAUAUAUUAUGAUUUACGGCCGAUAAAAUACGAGUUAUUUUUAAAAAAUUGAUAUUGGCCACGUUUAACAGCUUGUUUAAAUGUCACGAAAUGAUAUUCAAACAUUGUACCUACACCGUAACAAAUACUGUUAUCAUUUAUUUACGAAAUUAAUUUUAAAACGCGUGUACAACGAUUUUUCAAACAUUCUAUAUUUAAUAAUAUUGACAUGAAUCGAAAAAAAAAUAGCACUAACAUAAAAAGUUACCCGUUCAAAAUGUAGGUACACAGUUUUAGUUUAUUAUUUGUUCGGAUGUAUGGCGUAUUGUAUACUACGCAACAAAAGCGCCCGGCCAAUUAAAUAUAAUAAGCCUGGAGUUUUUUUUUUCCACCGGAGUCUGUGAAAUAGUUUAUAUUGAAUACACAUCAAUAUUAAAGUAAUUUAAGACAAUAUACUAUGAUGAAUAAAUCCAUUAAUUUGGCGCGUGAUGAAUAUUACGUAUAGGCAUAAUAUACGGCUCACUGUCAUAUUAUACCUGUUCGACGUCGGUACAAUGGGACGCGGUUCGUAAAUUUCCACAGAUUUUUAGCUAAUGAACGCGUUUUAUUGAAUCGAAUAAUUAAUAGAUAAUAUUAUAUAGUAUACUUGAUUAAUUAGUAACGGCUGAAAAACGUUGUAAGACGAGCUGGUAGGAGUUAUAAAUAAUUUUAGUCCGAGAGAAAGCUUGGUUUUAGUUUUUGUAUUAUAUUAAGCACGUUAAUUAAUUGGUCUGUGAAUUAAUUAUAAACGUCUCGUAAAAUAAUUAUGAUCAAAGUUAUUUAAAAAAAAAUAUUUAUCAACACGUAUAAAUGAUAAUAAUAAUAAUAAUACGAUGGUUUAUUUUAUUAGAUACGAUACAUACGUCGUUUUCUACGAGGAAGUUUUGUUUUCCUCCGCGAUAGAAAAUGGGCUACCUACAUGAGCAUAUUAUUAUUAUUAUUAUUAUUAGAUAUGGAUGGACAAUCUGCAGUUAUUAUUAGCGCUUUUGUACGUACUAUUAGGAUUUAAUGUUGUAUAUUUUUGUCAUAGAAUAAAGAAUACGUUGGUUUUAAUUUUUAAUUUGUAAUAUUUACGGUUUUAUUAUCGUUCUUCUUUCAUUUGAUUUUAAUUUAUUGAUAAAAAAAGCCUUGGAAAUCUCUCCUUAACCGCCCUUCUUAAAGCUUGGCCUCAUAUGUGAAAACCGGGGGAAUGGCCAACACUAGUCCCUCCCCCCCAUAAAUAAAUCUGUAGUUUGGCAGAUAGAAAUCAAGUGGGUUUAUUUGAUUAAUUAACCCGUGAAAUAAUUGUUUGUGCCAAAAACCACCCAAUGGCCAAUUGGAUUUUAGAACGAAAACAUAUUUGAAAUUAAUUGCAUAAUUAUCCCAUAAUUUAUGGUAUAAAAAAAUAUCUCACGGGUUAAUCAAUCAUUGUCUUUUUAGUGCAUGGCAAAUGAUUUCAUACCUCUUAUGGGGAUUCAUACGGUCAGUUACUUUGUUGUUUUAUCCAUGGUGAUUACAUAAUAAAACAUUUUCAACGAUAUUUUAUUUUAGUAGGUAUAUUUUCUGUUAUUUUUCUCGCUUCUGCAGUGACAGUUUCGUAAAAAGUUAUUUCCUUUGUACGUGAUUAAAUGUGAUUCACCAUGUUAAAAUAACCUUUUUCCGAGCGUUCAGACUUGGAAAAUCAAUUUCCUUUCUGUAUUUGUUUUUUUUUUUAUCGUUUACAUUCACACACAUGAUUUAACUGCCAAAUGUUAGUUAGCAUAUUAUCAUAAUAUUAUACAUACCAAGUUGACAUACUGUACACAUUUCGAAACUGCUGUAAUUCCAGUGAAAUAUUUUAGAUUUUUCUUUUUGAUUGUAUUGAAAACAUUUUCCUAAAAAUAUUAUCAUUGAUUGAUCAUUAAACUAAUGAUCUGAUUCAUCUCCUAUACGUUCAUACAAAUUAAUUGGGGAGGGAGGUGUUAGUCCAUAGGACACCACCUAUAGAUUUAAUAGAAGUUUGAUUUUAGUAUUGUUUCAAUAGAGUUACUAUUUUAGGUAAAAUGAAAACUGUCUACGUUUUCAAAAAUUUUAAAAACACUUUUCUAUUCAACUACAUUAUCGAACCGAUAUAUCUGAUAUAUUGGAUUUCUGUUAUAUAUCGGGUGAUUCAUUUAAAUGGGUACACUUAUUACCUCGGAAAUUAUUAACUUUUUAGGAAUUUGUUGUCUAGAACAUUUAAAAAACAAUCAGUUUUACAAUUUUAUAUUUAUUUUAUUUUUGAGGACAAAACCACUACCUACUUUUGAUUUUCAAAUGGCUAUUUAUAUUAAAAUGUUCAUAAAUAGAUGAAGUAUUAGUUAAAAUAAAUUCGAGUGUUGAAAUUUUUGAUUUGUGUCAAGCCGUUUACGAGAUAUUCCACUUUUAAGUUGAGGUUGAAGAAGAGCAGUGGUGCAUUAUUAACACGCCGCGAGCCGUACCACCACAUAAAUGAUACUUGGGGUAGUAGAUAGUGGUCCGAGAUAAUAGGUGUACUCACUUAAAUGGAUCACCCGGUAUAUCCGUACUUUUAGAAAAAUAAUUACUUCGACAUUAAUGAUUAACAUUAGUCGAUUAUUUCAAAAUGAAAAAUCAAUAUCGGUUUGUAGAUAUUAUAAAACAAAUCGUUGACAAUGUUCACGAUGGCCUCAAAAUAUAGAAAAAUCAUUAAAUAUUGAAGCGUCGGAUAAGAAUCGCAGUCGACGUAUCAUUGUGAUCGCCCCCGGUUAUAUUUAUAUGAUACUUCAUGAAAAGUAAAACCGUUAUUAAAAUAGUGUUGUGUUUCGAUUGUAUUGCCAAUAGUACGAGUAGGUACUGAUCCGAAUAUACAGACAAGAAAGAAAAAUAAAAAAGAAUUUUAAAAAAAAAAUCAUCCGUCAUUUUCCAUCGAUUAUCCCGUUAAAUAGCGGCUAUCGGGAAUAGCGUGCGCGGAUAAAAUCUUUCGAUUUUUGAGCGUUCAAGAUAUAUUAUUUGUAAACACGAAAUUGCGGGCGGAUCCUCGGAUGGUUAUACCAUUACAUACCAUACGUUAUUAAUUGCUUUUUGCGUGUCGUUCAAACAUAAUCUUUACGUAUACGUAUUAUACAAUGAUACGCAUACGGUGCGGGCGCGACGAAAAAAAAGGGGUCUUUGAAAAUAUCUCGUAACAUUCCGACACAACAUCGUCAUAAUAGUGUAAUACACUGCGGAGCACGUGGUGCAAAAUGUCAUCAUAAUGUCUGAACUAUAUAUGCGACGGUGCCAUGUGCUUUUGAUCUCGUAUGUGUCAAGAAGACGUAGGUAGAUGCACGUAGGUAUAUAAUAAAAAUAUGAUAACAAAACAACGACCCUCCCGGUAUAAUAAUGUUAUUAUUUUUCGUCCGCGAACGUGUUGGCGAUGAUAAACAAUAUUUUUAGCGAUGUAUUUCGCAUCGGUAUAUUGAUUGAAUAAUUUAUAAACGUGCGGAAUAUAAUAAUUUCGAAAACCGAUAUUAGAUAAUAUAGCGUACAAUAUAAUACUAUGGUAUACCUACCUAUAUACUUACACGCGGGAUAAGCACGAACAAAAAUAAAUGUAAUAUACUUUUCGCGGAGGCCGUCGACGUUCAUCUUCUCUUAGAUUAUGGCCGGCUUUCUUGAUUUAUACUUUCUAUUAUACUCUAUUUAGGUAUAUAAAGGUGCUUGGAAAGAAAAUGUUUUAUUUACUCAAACGCACCUAAAUACCUGUAUAUAAUAAUACCUACUGCUUAUUGUGUUGCAGAAUCUGACGUGAUGAUCGGCGAUAUGGGAGAAACCAAUGUCGGUGAGUACGGAUUUAAUUUUUUAUUUUUUGUAUUGUUUUUUUAUGUUUAAGAGACUUUAUUUUUAUUGUCAAAUUUUCCCCGAAAAAUAGAAUCUAUUUCACUGAAUCGUCUUUGCUAUAGACACACCUAUACCCAUCUUUUUCACGCUAUUUAUGGACGCUUUUAUAGCGCCUUCUUCUAGACUAAAUAAGCUAAAAUCCGAGAGUUAAAAUUGCUUUACAGAUAGAUUGAAGUGAUACAAUAGUCUGUGUGUAUUACGUCAGUAGUAAGGAAGUGUCUCUUGAAGGCUUCAACACUCAAACCUUGCCCCUGCUAUUUGUAUGCUUGAAUUCGACUCUAAUGAUAGAGGUCUGCGUUGGUCACGAGUAUUUCUUUUUAAUUUAUAGAAAUUAUAGCCACAUAAAAUAUUAUUACAUUAUAACCGUUGAAAAGAGCAAGAAUAGCUUAACUAUAUUAUAACUAUGUAGAGAAUUAUAGUCUCUGAAAUUCAUUUUCUGUUUAAAACUUGAAUCUUGAAACUCGUACGACCAGUAAAAAGCGAGUUAUUUCCGUAAAAAAGUAGUUUUCACAACAUUUGACCACGAAUAGCUUGUAAAUAACUUUUAGUUGUAUUAUUGCUCUUUUUGAAAACAAAUUGUAAACCAACACUACAUGUGAAUCGUUAAAUGCAAAGAGGGCACAAUAACGUUCAAAUUUUUAAACUUUUUAAGAAAGACAAAAAACUCCUUGAUCACCUAGAGUUUUAUAAUAUUUCUUAAAAUAACUAUAGACAUUUUUUGAUGAUAUCUAACACUUAAAAUAUGUAAUUAACAUGAAAUUUGGAUUUAACUUUUCUGUAUUACAUCCACGUGUAUUAACAUAUUACUAAUUACUUACAAAAUGUAUAAUUAAAAAUUUAACUUUUACGAAGCAACAUAUUUUAUAUAAAACGAAUUAUUAAUCUAUGGAUACAAUGUCCACAUUUCUAGAAUGAAUAAUUCCAUUAUUGUUAAACUAAUUGUUUGGACUUGACCUAUAUAUUAUAUUAUAAUAUUCACUAAAUGGUUUUUUUAAAUACUUUUUUUUUUUUUUAAGUGCUAUUAUAAAGAAAAUAUUAUAGCGCGGAACAGAAAUAUUUAAUGGUGUACGUAAUAAUUAAUAUUCUACCAAGUUUUUAAAUUUUAUGAGUAAUGUAUUUAUAAAAUAUUAUGGCAACAUUAUUUACACGUUGUUAGGUAACGGCGUUAUUUGAGACGAGAUAAUUUAUCAAAACGAUGAACUAAGAAAAAACAAUGUCAGUAAGAUUCAUGAUUUCAAAGUAAUAUUGUAUUAGAGGAGGCAAGUAUUUGUUUUUCAUUCAAACCGGAUCCGGAAAAUAUUAUAAAACAUAAUAUUAUAUUUCAAUAGUGAAGAUCCGAUGAAUUUGACAAAGACACAUUUCUCGGUUUGUGUAGGCAUAUCGCCAAUUUUAUAAAUACCGGUGCCUUUUUAGAAUAAUAUUACGGAGAGAAAGAGAGAGAGAGAGAGAGAGAGAGAUAAAGAAAGAGAAAGAAAUUCGAUCAUUGUGUUGAUGAGUAGGAAAAGAAAACGGGAAGUUUUGCAUUUUAAAGCCGGAAAAGUCUUUUAAAAACGGUUUAGAAUCUUGCGGAAACCGGAGAUCGCUUAAAAUAGUUUAUGUGUAUACGUUUACUUCCAGUUUAUACAUAUACAGGGUAAUAACUAUUUAGAUUGAGUUUACUAUUAAAUUAUUAUUAAGUUAAAAAAAAAAAAUAAAUAUACAAAUGAACGGUGUAAAAUCAUAUAUUAUAUACUUUUCAAUAAAAAUGUAUAAAUAAAGUAUUAUGUAUAAAUAAUAUCAAAUUAUUUUUAUGAUAAUUGAUAACAUAAUACGAGUACUUACAUUAUUUGUAUGAUAUAUUAUAUUUUUACAUGACAUUGUUAAGGUGACAAUUGCUACCUUACACAAAGGUCGUCAAUCUGUGCGAUAUAAUUUCCUUGUAUUAUAUUUAUAUUAAAAUUAAUAAUAUGGUUUUAGAGAAAAAAUUAAUUUUUAAAUGUACAGUUUAUAAAUAAUUCUUCUUCUGUAGUUUUCAGUUUAAGGAUUGGUUUGAAGCAAAUAGCAAUUUCCGAGCUUUUCUGGUGUCACACGUUGGCCUUCCUCUUUGUCUCUUGAUAUGAAUCAUACUCUUGAUCUUUUAAAAUCUGGGCCAUGUAUUGUAACCGUAAUAUUACUCUACGGUUCUUUUCUUCUACCAUACAUACUUUCUAAGACUAGUCCUAGCAACCCUCUAUGUCUGAGAAUAUGGUAUAUCCAUUAAUUUCGCUAUUUAUAGUACCUAUUUUACAAAAACGAUAUCAGUGAAAUAAAUAUCAUUGCCGAAUUGCCACGUUCAGAUUUACCCACAAAAGUCUGAAAUUUUGAAUAGAGCCUCGAGACGUCCUUCAAGUGGGAUUUUCAAAUUUAAAUUUCAAAAUGGCUGUUUAUUAUAGCACAAUAUGGGGCUAGAUAUCCUUAGCAGUCCUAAUGGGAGAGGAGGAUGUAAACAUUUUUAAAAUGUAUAUUGCAUAUAAUUUAGCCGUAUAGAGGGUGAUCAUUAGCACAUAAAAUUCGUUUUAUUUUUAUUCAUAAAAUAAAAAAAUGUAUUUAUUCAAAUCUAUCGCGGAUAAAGGAAAAGAUAAUAAUGUUGAGGUAAAUAAAAAAAAAAAAAAAAAAUAAAAAUGGAUUUUAGAUUACUUUAUUUUUUAAAUAUAUAACCGAUAUUAUCACCCUGUAUUCGUGUUCUUGUGCAUGUACAUUUCGAGACCAAUAUCUUCAACAGACGUAUAUUAUAUAUUAUGUCUGUUGAACAACGGUUAUAUAGAGUAGGUAUAUAGUUUCUUUUUCUCAGACGAUUUAUUUCUUCCAUCGCUCUAGUAGGCUCUUUAAUAAUGUAUUGCCAAAACAAAAAUAUAUUUGUUACCAUAUUUUAUUUCAACUAUAUUUUUUGCAGUAUCCCUUCACGUAGGUACACAUCGAAAAAAUAAAAUCUUACUUAUGUACAGUGUUUUGAGACUUAUCUAGAUAAUUCGCCUUGGUAAUAUUUUGUUUUUAUCUUUUAUUUUUUAUCUACAUUUAAUUUAUUUGAAACUUAACAAAAUUAUUAUUUCUUGAUUAAUGAUUUAAAUAAAAACGAAAAAUCUCUUCAUCUCAUAAUAAUUUAGCGUAAAACACUAAUGUAAGUUAAAACUAGUUACUAGCUAUAAUUACUAAAAACCAACGAGUAACGAUAUCGAUGAUGACAGUAGUUUAAGUAGUUUCAAAUUUUGAGUUAGAUUGUUUAGUAAUGUAAACGUACCAAAUGUGUUGUAAAUUGCAAUUCAAGUUUAACCUUUCGUACUUAAUUGUGGAGUAAGUAAUAAUGUAUAACGUGAAAUACAUAUUAUAGAAUAUAAUAUUAAAUUAUACCGAAUUCAAACCUGCGAAAUAGUUAGAUUUCAGUUUGAUAUACAUUUAAAUAAAUUGCUUACUUCGUAUUAUAAUAUAUAAUAUAGUAUAAUGUAUAUUGUACAAUUUUAAGUAUUACUGUGUAUAAGUGUAUAUUAUAUAGUUUAUAAAGUGAGUAGGCAUUAAAAUUAAGUUUGAAAGUUUAUGUUGGAAGUAUCUUUAACUUAUAAUUCAUACUAAUACAAAUUUUGAUUAAACAUUAAUAAUUAUAAGUACAUACAAUAGAAUGAUAAUAUUAUGAAAAUAUUAUUGUACACUAAUAAUUCUUAUUAAGUGUUAAAAAUAUCGUAGUUGUCGAAAACGAAAGCAGUAAUAUGGGCUAAAUAACUUUGUCCAGCAUAAAAUUAAGUCUUAGAUUAAUCAUCGAGAACAUUGGAGCAAAUUUAAAAAGUUAUUUUUAAAAUUUUCUAUUUGGACACUGUUCAAAUCGCGAUUAAUUAGCGAGAAGACAUUCAGGGUUAAGAGCUAAAAUUUAAAUUUGUACCGUUUUUUGAAUGCAAUAGUUUAUUGAAGAUUCUAAUUUUAACACAGCCCAUGAUCGGUAAUCCGUCCAAAACAUUGGUCUAUUUAAAGAGAGGAAUUUACACACGUACCUAAUUAUUAGCGGCCCUAUAAAAAUGGUGUUUUGAAUACAUUAAUUUAGGUGCCUAUUGUAUAUAAUAAUCAAUUAAUUUUCAAAACAGGAUGUAUUAUAAUCAAAAAGUGUAUGCAAAAUUAGUUUUAAAGACUUGUUUUUGACAUUCUAAUACCUGCAAUGCCAUUUUAUAUUCUGUAUUUCUGCACUAAAGAUGAAGAUGUGAAAAAGAGAUGAAAUGAGUGUAUGAAGAAUUUGCUGAAUUAAGCGUAUUCAAGAGAGACGUCAUAGAGUAACAAAGAUCUGGUAGGUUUGAUUUGAGAGGAGGAAACAUGGAAAUUUAAAAUAAAAACACAUUAAGUCUAUAUAGGAGACGAGAGUGUCAAGUGGAAGUUUAAGACGAUAGUGGCUAAUACCAAAUAUUUGAGAAGAAGGCCAAGUAGAAAAAGAAGUCUUCUGAACAAAUUUUAAGUACUAAAUAAUUUGGUUACUGACCAGUGCACAUCGAUCCAAAUAAGGCUGUAAAACGUCAUCGCUAUAAUAAUAUAAUAUGUAUAAUAGUUGUUAUUCUGUUCUACACACUUUAGGUUCUUUUAGUUUUUAAAAUAAAUAUACAACAUAUCUUUACGUAACAACUACAGUUUAUAAUAUUACUCAAAAACGAAUAACCUGCUAUCAAAUCUUCCCGGUUUAGUUUUCUCGUUCGAAAAAACCAGAUUAAGCUAUUGCUAAAGUUUUUAAGUCUGUUUAUAAUGUGUAAAAAAUAAAGAAAUGUACAUAAAAGUUUACUCGAAUGAAAAAAAAAAUCGUGAUACAGUAUACCACGGUAUUUUAUUUCAAAAGUUAGAGCAAACAGUGAUUAUAAGAACUUUGGAAUUACUUUUAUUGACUUCAUACCUACAAAACAGAAAACAAUUUGUUGAAUUAAACGGUAUUCAAAGUAAUGUGCAGACAGUAUAGGCACUUCCUACUGCGGAGGAAUUACUAUACGUAGGUAUACCGGCGGUGUGCAUUAUAUUUGCUAUAUAUAUAUACACUCGCAAAUAAUAUUUCCUUUUAGCUUUUAUUAAAGGAAAAAAAUAAACAAAAAAAAGUUUGUAUCGUCGGAGAUAAAAUUUGAAAUCUUCAUAUUUUACAGUAGUAAUCGCCCGGGAAGUCGUUUUUAAAACUGUUUAGGGCGAUUCUGGACGCAGUGGACUAUAUUGCUCGAAGAUAAUAAUAAUAAUACGUUUCAUUCUUACAAUUAUAAUGAUUUUCGUGUAACAUUUUACACGCGUUAACUGAUCUUAAUAAUUUUCGUUAUUCUUAACCACCAGGGUGGCGGUGUAGGUACUGUUUGCACCGUUAUUUUGUACACCACACCUUGCAAGCAUUUCGUUCGCGAGGUGAACGCAUGUUAAGAUAAGAAAUUAAAACCGUAAAUAUACCUAAUUCCACGUGGAAUCGAGUAGCGACACACAUCGGACUCGAGAAAAUAAUAUUAUUUACGUUACAAGAAAAUGUAAAGGGCAAAUGCUUACACGCGCGUAUUAUCUUUAUGCAAUUAUAUCCUACGCUAAAUUACAAUUUUAGGCCCGGUGCAGUUUAGUCUUAUCAUUAAACGACGACACAUCUGGUGCAGUGUCGCACCUACGCGUAUGACUAUUUAUUUGUCGAGCGCACUUGUUAUUAGGCAUCCGUAGCACACCGAUUUCAUCCGAUGAGGUUUAGAUGGUAAAAUAACAACAGUAAAAUAUAAUCACAAACAAUAAAUAUUUUGAACAAAAUCUGUUUAGUAACACUAGGAAAUCUGAAAUGUUUGGAUCUAGACAGACAACCUUAAAGCCGGAUUUCUAAACUUCACUUGAAUUUCGGACUGUGUUUUUUGUUGUCGGUUUUUGAGUUUUCUCGGAUUUUUCUAAGUUUCCUUAAAUACCUUAUGUCCUAAUUUUAUGAGCAACUACCCGCCGACACCGUUAACCUAGCCAAGGGGGUGAAAUUUUGCGACCGAUCCGUUUUUAGAUUAUUAAUAAUCAAAACGGCCGUUUGAACAACAUACUCCGCGGCGUUCGUCGGUUCGCUUGCUCGUCGUCGCACGAAACUAUAACCGGUAAAUUAUUGUAAAGUACGGCAAAAACAUUUUCGAGAUAAACUGGUGCUGCUGUAUAACGAAAUAAUUGGAAUCGCAAAUAUUGUAAUAUUUCAUUCUGACGCGGUGUACGCGGUCGUUUAUGAAGCGGGAUAACUUAUAUACACCGGCCUAAUGUUGCCCUCGUUAUUUCCGUCGAGAACAAAAUAUUAUAUUAUCUCGCCGUACAAAAAUAUUGUAAGCAGACUGGCACGAAAAAAAAAAAAAUAAAAAUAUUUUUUCAGUAGCUAAACGUCGUAGUAGUUGGUAAUUUUUAUUCGAUAAAACCGCAUUUGUAAUAAGGACACUUGGUCGGGUUCUCGUAUAAUAAUAUAUAACGUUGAUAAAUUUAAUUUUGUUUUUCGUUGUGCGUUAAUGCUCUCAUCGUCGUCGUAACGUCUUCUGCCCUCUUCCCACGCGGCUCACGCGAUUCUAUAUAUAUAAUCUCCUCGAGAAUCUGCUGUUUUUAUUUAUUUUAUUUUUUCCAGAGGAAUAAAAUAAAUAAAAUUAUACGUAUAGUUUUAAGACGAUCGAAUGAAGAUGAGGGUUUCCGUUGUCAAUGCUGUGGUUUUCAAGUAUAUUCCGGAAUCGUCGAUUGUUCAAAUUUUAUACUGAAAAAAAAAAAACAAAAAUCAUUUUUUCGUAAGUUUCUAUUAUGGUAAUAAUAAUAAUAUAAAAAGUCUUAAAAAAGAUUAGAAUGCUGUUAUAGUUCCAUUAUCUUUGAAUAUUACAAAAAAUAAAAAACCGUAUUAUUAUUAUUAUCAUAUUUCCGGAUUUUAUAAAAUACGAGCAUGAUAAAAUUAUUAUAAAAUUAAUUUUAAGUACCUAACAUAUUAUUUAGAUUCUGAGUGGAAGAGGAAUGUAUUGCUUUUAUAAUAAUGUUUAUUUAUUAUUAUUUUUUUUUUUCUAUAGACAACUUGUCUACAAUCAAUUUUGCUCUAAUUUACAAUGAUAUUACUUUUUCUGAAAGGAAAUCUGACUAGGGAGGUAAGUUUUUGAUUUUCCCAGGAGAUUUUCUAAUAAAUGGGAAAAUCCGGAAAAAAUUAUAGGAAAACCGGGAAAUAAAGGAAAAUAUUAAACAAAUAUUAUUAAAGAAAAUACAUAAUGCAUAUGUUAUUAUUUUACCAUAAUAUGACAUGUAUAUUGUUGAUAAGCAACAGUAUUAAUUGAACUCCGCUCAGAAUCGUUUUCCGUAAGAAAUGGUUGGCCAUUGUGUACAGAUAUACAUUGAAUUUCCCCUCUACUACCUUCCCUACAUCUUGCCUACAACAGUGGCCCACCCACGUGUGAAGUACAUCUGUCUUUUUUUUAUAAUUUAUUCUCUGCAUAUUUCUUGUAUUCUAAUAGAUUUUUUCAUUGAAUAUUGACUCAAUAUUAUGUAAUCAUUUUAUUAUUAUUUUUAGCGUAUUUUUUUCAUUUCGUCGCACUCUUUAGUAUUUUUUAUUGGAUUAAAAAAAACAUACACAUGCACACAACCGUAGGUAUGUUGAUUUAUUUGUAGUGCGUACGUAUGUUACAAAACAAGUUUUCUUAUAUUUUUUUUUAUUUAUAUUAUAUUAGUGUAGUAUUAAUAAAUUACAUUUUGAAAGUAAACUCAAAUUAUUUUAAUCUAAUUAAAAUUUGGUAAUCACUUAGAUUACAUUAAUAAUAUUAAAUAUUAUAUAGUAUGUUUUUAUGUUUAGAUUUUUAUAUUGAAGUGAGGAAUAUUUUACUAUGAUGUGUUAUUUUUUGUGGCUGUUAAUCACUUUCUUAUUAGAAAUCUUGUUCCAAUCAAAAACUUUACAGGGCAUUUCUAGUAGCAAGAAUAAUCUUAGGAUAUAAAGCACAAUAAUUCAGAAACUUUCCAUUCGAUUUUCGAUUACAGUACGUCGUCAUUUUUAGAAAAAUUAUCUUAUUGUCAAUUUUUAUUAAAACAUGUAGGUUCUCAUAUGAAAAACCCAAAGUUUGUAUUGCCACAUGAUACUCCUUAUAAUAUGAUGUGAAAAAUCGUAUUAUGCGAACAUAUCUUUCACUACAUUUAAAAAUUGGAUAAUAUCAGUAUUUAAAGUUAUGUUGUGCAUAAUUAAAUCAUCAAAAUACUUAAAAAAAUCACCCUAUAUACCUACUAUGUAAAUUUUAAUCAAUGGUAUGGUUAUAAUAUUAUCACAGCUUUAUAGGUUUGUCACUGCAAAUAAAUCACAGUCAAUUAAAUUGGCAUCAACAUCUAUAUCAGCUAUUUCACCUGUUUUAAGGGCAUGCUUAUAUUGAUUACAUUUGAACUAAAAUUUGACUACCAUAACACUGACAAUCACUAACGUUCCUAUCAUACACGUACCUCCUCCCCCCCCCCGAAAAUAGUACGCUCUAAAGAAACGACUUUGGUUACUCUUUUAGUAGUUACGUUACUAGUCAACAUCAAUGCUCUUAAUUAUUUUACUACAAACAGUAGUUGCUUGAACAGUUUUCAGCGCACAAUUUAGGAAAUAAAGUUAUAUAGAGUUUUCUAAUGUGCUUAAGAUUUUUAAUAUAACAGAGUACAUAACAAAUUAUGAAGUUUUAGAUUUAGAAGAACUAGGGAAAAACUACAAUUUUUGAAAAUAAUAAAAAUAAAUUGGAUUAGAUAUAAUACAAUAGGUCACAUAUGUCAUAUACUACUAUGAAUUAUUACUGAAGGUUUUACAUAUGUAGAAGGUUUAAUCGGAAGAAAAGGACUGAGGAUGAGAUAUAUAGUGCAAUUAUUAAGGAAAUGGGAAUUAAAAAUUAUCGAGGGUUGAAGGAUUUUAGUUUUGACAGAGCUGUAAUUAACCAACCAAAUGAUUGAAAAUCAGAAGAAAAUCGAGGUAUUUGUUGUGUUUUACGUGUUUCACAGGAAUAAAUACAGACCUACAAUAAGCUCAGAGAAAAUAUUCCGGUAUCUUUUUAAAAUUUAAAUACAAUUUAAAAACCUAUCUUAAACGUUUUUAACAUUUCCCUCGUACUGCAGUGUUCUGUAUGUGUUCCGAAUAUCUGACAGGUACCCUUGUAAAUUUCGGUUUUAGGAAAUUUGAACGUUUUGGUAAUUUCCCGAUAUGUUAUCGAUGUCUGUGCAUUUUCGGUGUUGAAGUGUGUGCUGUGUAGUUUUAUUGGUAAAUUGUGUGCUUCGUUUAUUAUUAUCUUAGUUGCAAUCCAAAAAAAAAAAUAAAAAAAAUAACAUUAAUAAAAAAAUAAUCAAUUUGUUUGCUUUCUAGUAUAGGUAAUUUUUGAGUAUACUUUUAAUUUAAAAAAAUUUAUUUACUUAUAUUGUAUUAUUAUAAGUCUGUGAAAGACUUGUUAUUCACAUAGCGGAAUUUAUAACUGUGUUUUUAAUGUAUUCACAGUCACGGACCUAAUUUAAAACAAUUUGUAUAAAAUAAUACGAUUCUCGUGGCUUCGUUGACAAGCUUGUGCCGGAAGUGAUGCCGUUGCAGGCUGAUACAGCGCGGUGUACUUUCGUAAUGUUUUAUUACUAUAAUAAUUUGUUUACUUGUCGAAAGUAUUAUAUUAAUUUAAUAAAUCAUAUAAUAUUCUAGGAAGUAAUAUUAUUUUCAAGUGAUGAAUAAUUUUAGUUACCGCGUAUUAAAAUAUUGUCCCGGUCUAUACCGUUGAAAUCAGUAGUAUCGCGUAACGCACGUCGGUUAUUAUUAUUAAAUUGAUAUUAUUAUAAUAUAAUACACUACUUCCAAACGCGUGUCGUAUUGAAUAGUGUUAAACACAAGUUGUGCACAUCACAAAUUAUUUAUUAUCUAUAGUUCUAUAAUAAUUUAUAGUCCUUUAGAUUGUAAAAACCGGAAGAUUGUUGUUUUCGACGUUCAAAACGACAUGAUUACUACGACUAAUGCACGUGCGUCAGUACUAAAUAUUUGAAUUGUUAAGAAUAAUUCAACUAAACACAUUGAGUCGGGAAAUUAAAUAAACUGCCGUCAACAAGUUUGUGGUAGAUUCUAUGCGAUAUUACGUACCGCGCACCACCGCAACAAACGCCGAGUAUCUAAAGUGCGUAUACAUAGAGAAUUUUGCGCGUUUAUUUUGAAAUUAAAUUAGCGUUUAUGCAAAACCAAACAACGUUUCGCCGUUUCAUAAUAAUUCCAACGUGUGCACAUGUGAGAUCUUUUGUACACUGCGACUGCGGACUAGUCUCAUUCGUUUCAGUUCAUGUUUAGAACACACGGUAUACCUACGAUAUGGUAAUAGGCGUGGAUCUCGGCCCGACAGUUUUAAAUAAGUAAUUCCGGUGUGUACAAGAGGAAAUGCAUUUUUUUUUUUAUGAAAAUGUCAUUUUAAUUGCAAUGGCGGUAUCUCGAGCGAAAUUGUACACAAAACCAAACUCUUUGUUUUUUUUUUUUUUUUAGAUUUGGAGAGUACUGAGGGAUGUAUUAGUUCCACUAUAUGUUUUUUUUUUUUUUAUUGUUUCUGUGAACAACUUUUCUACCAGAAAUCUUUCUCCGAUUUAUCAAGUGUAGCACCUUUUCUGAAAGGAAAUUUUAUCUAGCUAGUGCAUUGGGAAGGUCAUUUUUCAUUUUCUCAGUAGUUUUUUAAUAGUUGACUGAAAAAACCAUAGAAAAAAUGGAAAAUUUUACCCAUGAAAAUAAAGCUUCUAUUAUUUUAAAUUUAAUUUUUUUAUUGUAAAUCAGUUACCAAUAUUCUUAGAGACUUGAAAUUUUUUAAAAAAAAUAAUAUUUGUUUUUUCUAGACGUGGCAAAAUUUUACGAAUAUUUAAACCAUUUUAAAGCUAUUUAUAGACAUUUAUUAUUUUCAAAAUUUUAAAACAUGUAUAAUCGAAUUUCGCUCCUAAUCGUUUUUCAUUAUUGAUAAGUUAUCGUUAGUUAUAGAUAUAAAUUAAAUAUCUAUAUGUAUCCCAUAUUCUGCACUAUCUAUAACAGUAGUUUUACCCAUCGCCAGUUCUUUUUUUUUUUUUAAUUGCAUCUCGUGACAAUAAAUGAUUAGAGUAAUUAUUAAAAACUAAUAUUAUGAUUUAUUGCUAUUGAAUCAAAUACAUAUAUUUUGAAAAGUGUGACGUCAUUCUAAUGCAUUUUUGUCAAAUUUUCUCCAAAAAUAUAGAGUAAUGCAUUGCAUUGUAUUUGAUAUUUAAUCUAUUAUCUAUAUAUUUUUACUGCUACUUUCGGGCAUGUCUAGUGGUUCCUUUGCGACCAAAUGAAUUUGAAUUCAUAAAUUAGAGUUGUUGUGUAGGUGUUUUAUUAAAAUGAUUAGUUUGGUUUAAUUUAAAUACGAAUUUCAGCAUAUAGUUGUGUGAGAGGAUAUAUACUAUAUUUUAGCUUUAUAGAUAUACCCUUAUAGAACUCCUCCUACAUGGAGCUUUAAUGAAGUUGGGUUAUAUAAAGGUGUAUAUUUUAGGGGUUUCAAAUUGUAAUCUCCGGCCUUCUUUCCAAUUUUGUAUCAAAAUUUCACCAUAUUUUUGGAAGUAUUAUAGUACAUGUUUCCCGUAUAGUAUUGCAAUUUGUAAUAUUAUAGUAUUCGGUUAUUUACAAUGAAUAUUUCUAAAAUUUAAAAUAGUGGGAAAUUUGAUUUUAGUGACUUAGUUCUACUGUCUACGGGUGUUUUAUUUUAGUUUUUUAAUCUAUUAUAUAAUUAUUAUUAUUUUCUUGAAAGACAAUUUAUGUUUGUUUGGUUUCCUCUCCACAGAUGAAGGUGAACAGUCCACUGAGGAUUCGGACGAUCAACAAAAGCAGAAGCAGUAUCAGCCCAAAACGACAAACUACGAGCCAUUAGAAAGGCGAAUGAUGCCCGGUGGGUCAAUAACGUUCACAUGUAGGAUUGGUUUGACAGAUCAGGUCCGACAGAACAUACAGUGGUAUCAUUACGAUAAGCUUAUUUCGAUAACGGUACGUAAUUUUACGUCAUCUAAAAUGUGAAUGACAGGAUGAAUAUUUGCCAUUUCACCGGUAGUCAGAAAAAAGGGAACUAGCUGUUACUCUUUCUUUCACCUUUAUGGGAUCUCUAUCCACCUAAAUGGGAUCAGCUGCUGUCUUUCUCACAUCUCUCUAUCUAACUCUGUUUUUUCAUUGACUUGAUGUGGUCAGCUAUAUAAAGCUCUAAGUAAAACAUUAAACAAUUUUUUUAAUCACCCACCCACUUCUCCUCCACCUUUCACAAUUUUUAGGGCUAAGCAAGUACAAUAAAUAAUCAGCGUUUACCACGUCGCCGAUGUCCCUCACUAAUCUAUAGCCACUUUAUAUCGCCUACCUCUUAUUCGGCUUCUGUGGCAUAACUCAACAAUCUUCUUGACCAUUUAAUCAUUUUCCCUUCUCUAAAAAUAUCUCUCAAUCGAUUCUCUCUCAUUUUCCACCACUAUUAAAGCUAAUAUAGCACUAUAUAUGUAUAUAUACAUCGUUUAAAUCUUUAAAAAGUUGUCAUUCCAAUCCAGUUACAUUUCAUCUAUCUUAGCAUUCCCAUUUCUUUGUUUUAAUUUCAAAUCUACUACUACUACUAAUAAUAAUAACAAUAAUGACUAUUAUUAUUAUUAUUAUUUGUAGUAUUAUAAUCUUUAUACUGUUGCCUAUUAGAAUUUAUUCGACUGCGAGCUACGCGCAACGAUAAAUCACUCGGGAGUUGCUGCGACACGUCAAAAUUACCGGAACUAGAAAAACGAAUAACAAAUAGAUUUAUAAUUUGUCCCAGCAGCCGUCUAAAACGACAAUAAUUUAUGAAACAUUUUAAAUGGCCCGCGCGAUUUGCAUUUACCCGGCGCUUAUUAUUAGGUUCAUAAAUAUUUUGCCAGGCACCCCAAAAUAAUAAUAUUGCGAAAACGAAAUUUCACAAAAAAAAAAAAAAAAAAAAAAAAAAAAAAAAAAAAAAAACAAAAUAUACAAACACAAAAUUUGUACGUUAUGAUUAAAAAAUAAAAUAAUAAAUUUGGAAUAUUAUAACUGUUUGGAAGUUUGAAUUUUCCACGUAAAUACGCUCUUUUGGCUGUCUAUAAUAUUAUCUGAUAUUCCGUUUGAAAUUAUUUCGACACGGUCAGUGAUGGAAUCGUAAAAUUUAUACGUUCAAAUUGAUCACGUAUUGGUCUCGUACAUUUUGAUGUGGUAUCAUAAUUAUUUCAUUUUGUUUGUUUUCCACUCUGCUGUAUUAUGUAUUAUUAUUAUAUACGAGAGCAAUAUAAUAUUAUGAUUUAGGUAUGAAUUAUGACGAGCACGUUGGACAUAAAUGAAAUUACCGAAAUGUGAAGCUAUUAUUUUAUUUAUUUAUUAAUAUUUUCGACUACAAAAUAUAUGUAGUUGUAUUGCCAUUGAUGAAGAGUAGACGACCCGUAAAUACCCGUCAUUUUUUUGUUCUUAAUCGACUGCGCGCAUAACUUAAUCAUAGGUACACGAUAAUUAAUAUUAAUCUUUAUAUUUGAUUAUUAUUUAAUUAUAUCAAUAGAUAAUAAGACCGUGUAAUUUUAGUUUUACAAACAGCGUUUUUGAGUUUCGUGUUUUGUUUUUGGCGUUGUCCAUAUAUAUUAUAUAAAUUAAUAUCAUUAUAUCAUAUUAUCUAGCUUAUCAACUGCUUAUAAAUAACAGUUAAUUAUUAUUUUUUUUUUUUUUUUGAAUCCCCCAAAGCAGGCACACACUCGUAAUGUUACUCGAACAUAGAAUGUCUGCCUGCUACAAAAUAUGAUGAUUUUUGAAACGCUUAUAUCUCAUAAAAUUUCUAUCAAGAAAAAAUUAUCUUUUUAUAUAAAUGAAUUGGAAAUUUUUAUCACCGAAUAUUUUUUUCAUAUCAAUAUCAAACUGUUCUUAUCUUUGAUUGGUUAUCGCUAAACGCCAAAUCGCCUAAAACGUACAAUAUGUUCACAAGAAAAAAUCUGUACGAACAUAACACUUCUAUUCUACUAUGUCUGAUGCCGGUUCGUGAUAUUAUCAAAUCUGGACAGUUACUUCAGGUAAAACACAUUGAGUUAAAUUACAAGUUAUUUUUUUAAAACUAAUAGGUUAAAACACAAUAAAAUGCUAGGAGUCAACUUAGUUAUUUUGUUAAAAUGUUAAUACAUAAUUAAUUACUUUUAAUUUAACUUAGGUUAUUACAUUUGUAACUAUUGGAAUAACUUGGUAACUCAAAUUAGUUUAUGUUUUAAAAUUAUCUUUAACUUGGCUUAUUAAUUUAUUUUUAUUUAUUUAUUUUUUUUGGAAAACCUAACUUGAACUAGUUAAAAAAAAUUGAUUAACUAUCCAGUUUUGGCUAUUAUAAUACUUGUAUAGUUCGUACAAUAAUAUGUUAAUUACAGAUUCACAUGGUUUACAUUUUAUUUUAAUAUUAUGUUUUAACGACGUGCUUGACCGGAAUUGAUGUAAAAAAAAAAAACCAUUUGUACAUACUAUAUAAUAUACAUUUACGACGUAGACAGUUAUUUCGGUAUCGCACAUCACUAUCGUCUCGUUUCGCUCGUUUCACGGGUUUGAUCUCGUGAGAAUUGAAUUUUAGGUAUAGGUCACUUGGGCUAGUCUGUUAGUGUCGUAUUGUCUUUUUAAAUCCGAAAACGAUUAAUCAAUGUACUCGAAAAACUACCCACCUAUUAUAAAAUCAAGUCCGUUACCGAUAUCGGAUUUUGACUGUGAAUUGUAAUGGUUUUUUUUUUCUUUUUGUCACGCAACUUUUUUAAACGCAAUAAGCAUAAUGAUAAUUUUGACGCACUUUAUGUAAGUAAUGCAUUCAAAUUUUUAACUUCCUAAUGAUUAAACGCACGACAGUAAUAUGUUUUUUUAAAUUUGUAUGGUGUAUUCAUCAACCGAAUAAAUACGACGUUGCAUAGAUCAAUAGCUUUUAUAGGUUUCGAUCUUUUAGAAUUACGAAAAAAUCAUUUUUAUCUGGUUGAGUUGUAAAAAAAGCUGACCUCAGUUAUUUGAAUCGAGUUAUCAAACUGACGAGUUAGGUAUUUAACAAAAAAAAAUGUAUUAUUAUUAUAAUUAUUCUAUUUCUCUAGUACACUAAUUAAUUUUUGUAUUUAUUGUUCCAAUGUACUCAAUAAACUACACAUUGUAUUUUGUAUUAUAUUAUUACAGUUUUUUUUUUUUUAAAUGUCUUAUUACUUAAUCUCCAUUUACCGAUGUAUUGUUUUUAAUUUUUUCCUUUGGUAGUUACAUUUUCACGUGAUUUAAAUUUUAAAUAAUAUUGUGUUCAACUAUAUAUUUGACUACACUAAAUUAUGUCAUUGUGAUUUUUAGAGGAAAGGUCUUUUAUGUAUUUAUUGUACUUAUUAUAGGUCUUGUCUUCGAUAAAAGUGACGAAUACCAGAAUUGACAUAAAAAAAAAAACAAUCCAAUUGAAAAUCAAUAUCUGUGACCAAAUUCAAUUCGUUAGUAUUUUUAAAUCUGUUGAGUAUUCGUUUUUAAAUCUACUCCCCGAACGGAAAAUAAUACACUUAUAAAGCUUUAUACAUCCCAUAUUUGUCUUUUGGGACUACAGUAUUAUAUGAGUAUAAACAUUAUAUUAUUAUACAGUAGGCAGUGAUUGAUGAAAAGAUUUCAGAUAGAUUUGAAAUUUCAUCUAAUAUAGUACAUAGAAGAAAAACGAAAUUAAAAUAAUAAAAACAAACAGUUUUCGAACACACGCCACACUUAGAUUUACAAGGAGUCGUGUAUAGACAAUUUUAAUGUAAUUUUCGAAAGUAAACGUGCAUAAUAUUAUUUUGUAUCGAUUGAAAAAUAUUUAAGAAUGGUACCGCGUCGUUAUCACAAUUAAUUGUUGGGUAAUCAUGAACUUGCUAUUCAAAAACGUGUUACGUAAAAUAACUUUACAAUUUACAAUGAUAAAUAUAGAUAGAAAAAAAUAUUUCCACAAGAAAAUAUAUGCGUUUCGCAUAACCUACAUUAUUAUGGCGGUAUCACUAACGAAAUAUGUUUUUUUUUUAUAUCAUUUGAACUUUUUGCCGCGGAUGAGUUACGAGAAAGUUUCUAAGACAUGGGAGUGUCGAUCAAUUACAGUAGGAAAUUCUACGUGGUCUCGUGUUUAAGAAUGUGGGCGUUUCGGUUAACGAAAUUGUAUAAAUUAUACGCAUGCGUGUUAAAUAUAAAUGGGAGGGGAGAAUGCAAAGCAAACACAUUAUUAUCAAUACUACAGCUGAUAAUAUAGUAUUUUAAUCUUUGUGAUUUUAUCAAAUGACGACCGUCAAGGUUAUAGAUGGAUCAAAUGUUUUUUUGAUUUUGGUAAAUUAUUAAAAAAAACUACGAAGAAAAUAAAAAAACGCCUUUCUUGGUUACCAACUGGACUAAAAAUGCAUUAAAAAAGAUCUCUUGUCGUUUUUCUAUUUGAGAAAUAUUUCUGGUACAUUAGUUGCUCACAGACACAAAAAAUUAAAAAAAAAAAACACAUUUCGUAGUAAAACCAAUAGAUCCCUCCCUACGUUCCGAAUCUAAUAAACAUACAUCGUAGUAUAACCAGUGAAUUCCUCGCUACGUUCCAAAUCUAAAAUUAUCUGAUCUCAUUUUAUUCAUUAACUUCCAAAAUAUUCGAGUUACUGCAAAUAUUAAGUACUAAUAAAUUUGUGAGUUAUUUAUCGAUUAUUCAAAAACAUAUCUAGUUUAUGCCAAAAUGUGUUUCAUGAACAAUUAAAUAAAAAAAAUUAUAUUUUGUAUAUUUCAGAUGUAGUAUAAUUUUAGAUUUUAUUUAAGGAUUUCGUACAUUUUUGAGACAUUUUGUUCUAGGUGAGUCAAGAAUCACAAACUAAUUGUUUAAGAUUUAUAAAUAUCAGUAGACGAGCUGAAAACAUUAGUAGUGAUUUAGAUAAAAUAUCCUAGUUGUAUAUAGUGUUUAAAAAUGGAAGGUGGAAAAUGCCAUUUUAUUUUUCAAUGUGACUCAUUGAGUCUAUUAAAGGACUAACGUUCACUGGGACCUUAUAAUGUUUAAUUCUAACGUGAUAAUUAUUGUGAAGCAAUUUCCAGUGGAGUUCAGAAAAAUUAAAAUUCGAAGACUGUUUCAUUAUAUUCUUCUCUCUUGUUCAUUUAUUUGUCAUUUUCAGAGCACCUAAUUCGAAUAACGACUUGUUUAAAGUACCGUCUGCGUUAAAUUACUUAUUUAAACAUUUUUUUUUUUUUUUUUAUAAAACUUUCCAAGCAUAUUUUCUUACCGAAAAAAAAAACAAAAUGUAUCAUUGUAAAACUAAUAGCUCUGUUACGGUGAUUGACCCAAUAUUUUCAAAGAUACCUAACGGUUUUGAUGACUUUAGUUGGCCAAAUAGUGUUUUUAAGAAAUGAAAAUAAAAUACCUACAGUUUGAUUGUUAUCAAUAUAAUCGCUAUAUAAUUUUUGUUGUUUAUUUAUUCCGACUAUCAGUUAUAUGCCUCUCACUCUACUUGCAUAGCUUUUAAAUAAAUCACGUAUAUUUAAAAUAUAUAUAUAUAUGUUAAAAAAAUUAAAUAGGUAAGUUUAAAUGAAAAAAAAAAUUUAAUAAAAUUUAAAAUAGAGCACAAUAUUCCAAAUGUGUAUUGGCAUGAUUGAGGAGAGGAGUAACUUUGGCAUUUGCUCCAGUAUAAUUAUUAGCCUUGUUCGUAUAUCCCCUCACAGAUAACUUUUAAUUAUGAUUUUAAACUAUAAAAAUAAAAUAUAUAAUUUAAAUGCAAUUUCAUUUUUAUAAAAACAUGUUGGCACAUAUCUUGUCUUGUAUCCUCGAUUGUAUAAUUAUGAAAAUCUGAAAUAUUUAUUGAAUGAAGUGAAAACUUUUUAUUUUAUUUUCUGAUAAAAAACUCCUUUCCUUAUCAGCUGAAAAAUUCUUUAAGUUUGCUCCAGUCUAUGAAAUAUUGAAACAUAUGCAAAUCAUGCAUAAUAUUAUUUUAUACAUUUGCAUAUUUUGUAAUAUGACGCUAAUUUAUUUCGAAAACGUCAAAAUAUGAACGACGAGUGUUCGGUAUCUUAUAUAUUUUAUUCUCUGUUAUGCGAUUUUUUUAAGUUUAAAAAAGCAAAGUAUUUCGAAGAAAAAAAUUCACUUAAUCGUCUAAACUUUAGAUAACCUAUAUUUAUACUUAAACGAUUAUUUUUCGUAUUUUAUUAUAUUUUGUAAUCACGAUGGUCACAUGUCGAUGUCAUGAUUUCCGGUUGAUAUAACUUGAAAUUAUUAAAGCGAGAGGGAAUUGUCAAUUAAAAGGAAAACAAAAAUGCAUGCAAGAUAUAAAAAAGUUGAUGACACAAGAAAUUCAUAUUCAUAAGUUUAUGUGAUACAAAUGAUAGAAAAUUCGAAAAAAAAACUAUAUGAUGGUUAAUGAUGGGAAAACACAAUGAUUCGUGUUUGUGUAUUACAAUGUAUAUACAUAUAUAUAUACAUAAUAAUAAUUCGUGCCUUUUUUCGUAUGCAGAACAUUUUACUAGAUGAAUUUUUUUUGUUAUGUUUAUAUAUACUUUUUUUUUAUGCGUAAAAUUGUUAAAUUUCAAUUCAUGACGGUACGAAAAAGCUAUUGUUGUUUGACAAUGACGUAUACAGCAUAUAUGUGUACCUUUUUUGCGUACUAAAAAAAAAAAAAAGAAUAUAUAAUAUACAUACAUAUAUUAUAUUUUUUUUCUAUGCGUUUCAAUAAUUUUACCGCAUACCAUACGUCGUAUUAUUGUUCAAUCGAUUGGAAAUCGUAUGAAUAGACAUUUUACUUAGGGUCUGUUAAAAUUGCACCAUAAUAAUAAUAUAAUAUUUAUUAUUUUUUAUCCGAGGAAGAAUAAUUACUGUAUGCUGAUCCAUAAUCAUGAAUUAUUUUUUUCUUAUGAACACUUUAUCUUGCGACCGUUUAUAUUGUUUCAAAAUAACGGUUACCCAAAAAGUUUUCUAGGUCAUAAAAAAGAAAUAAUAAUGAUAACAAAUUUGUCACGAGUACAUUUCAUGUUAAGUUGUAUGCAAUUCCGAUUUUAAACUAUAUAGUAUAUAGUUUCGGUAUUUUUAUAAUAUAAGAUGGUAAAAGCUAUUUUCUAAAACCGAGUCUAAGAAGGAUUGUAUAUUAAUAUUUAUUUCACGUUGACCUCUGGUGUUUUGUUAAUUGUGGUUAAUCUCUCGUCCUCAACAUCUCUAAAUGUUCCGUUAUAAUCUCUCGUUUACACUCUUCGGUUACUCAUAAUUCCUUUGUAAAUGAUCAACCAGUGCGGCUUCUGUACGUGACUUAGGUUUUUACAUUUACCCGAACUCUCGAACUCUAAAUCCCGGUGGAUAUAUCGAGGAAACUUUUAGUAAAGCAUUUAAACUUAUUGAUUUUAUUAAUGGAGUUUGUCGUGAAUUCCAUUUUAUUUCACUACUCAAGAUCCUUUACGGUUCCCUUAUUCCUCCUGUCUUCUUACCCAUAUCAUGAUGAUCGAAAUGGUCUAGUGAAAAUUUUUUCGGCUAGUAGCACAGUGUAACAUCACUUACUUCCCAUAACUACACCCUAAUCUAACUAGCAUUCUCCGUGAAUCGCUUUCGAAUUGUAGAUUCGUGGAAAAUCACACAUUCACUAUAAAUCGGUUAACUGUUUAUUUUAAAAUUCUUAUACGUUAUACACAAUUUUCUGCCAUUUUAAUUUUUUUUUUCUCUCUCCCCGAUUAACUCCCCGAUCACAUGACAAAUAUACAUAGCAAAACAGUAACUCUAUUUUAUUCCCAAUUUGAGACGUUUAUAUUCGUUUUCUAUAAUUUUACUUAGAAUUAAUUGAGAAUAGUUUAAUAAUUAGUUAAGGAUAUAAUUCGUAUUUUUAUACUCACUAAAUAAAUAAUAAAUAAUGUGAAAGACACGGACAUUACAUAAAUAAUGAUAUAAUGAUGUUACAACAUGAUUCAGUCAUGGGCUAUCGUCAGGUAACGAAGAAAACUUAUUAUUAUUUAUUAUUUAUUUUAUGUGAGCAUUAAAUCUUUCUUAUUUUUCUUAUAAUUACUGUUCAAUUUAGGUGCAAGUGUGUUAUAAUUGUUAAAAAAUAAUAUUAUCUUCUUCAGUAUUUCCAGCCUUUUCAAAUCAACGGCACCACCCUCUUUUUAGAUUUGUAAAAUCUUCGUAUCAACUUGACUAAAUGUUAAAAUCGUGACUGUUCCAGGAUCGUAGGGGUGGUUUGAGCGUGGAAACGGAAAGAUCGUCAAAUUUUUUCGCCAGCCGACUGACGCUGGCCAGUGUUACCAGAUCGGAUUCUGGUAAAUACACUUGUAGAUCAGGAAACAAAAAUUCCACUACUUUUACUCUACACGUCGUUUCACCCGGUAAGUAAAAUAUAAAGUGAUUUUUUUAUCAUGUACCAGCAAUUAUCACGGAGAAUUUUAAGCGAAUUUGAUUUUAGUUUUUUUUAUCAUUGUGGAAUCGUUUAACUUUUACGUUAAAACAAUUUUUAAUUUUCUAUCUCUGCUUAAAUAAUUACAUACUUUUGUUUUUAAAAUGAGAACACUCCUUUUUGAAUACAGGUUCUAAUAGAGAAUAUUUUAUUAGAAAUGUUGGUAUGUAUACCAUUUGUAAAGGUGCAUGCGCCUUCCUAACAGGGCCCUUCUCAGGCCUACCACAUAACCAUAUCAUUUACCAUAGGUGACAAGGCAGGCUCCGUCUCAAAUUAAUAUCAGAUUUACCGUUCAAAGUUUAAACCAAAGGAGUAGAGAAAUCUAAUUCCCUUAAAAUCCUCCAAGAUAAUUGCUGGUUCAUGAUAAAAAAAAUCACGCUGUAUAUUAUGUAAAUGCACAUGAGUUUGUUUUGUAUGAUUAUUUUUUUCCACCAUUUUUGAUGAUAAUUAUUAAUUCCCUUCUUCUUCUCUUAUUUUUAAGAUAAAUCGCAAUAAUUUAUCGCGAUAAAAUCUGUUAGCUAAUCCUGUAGGAAUUUCAAUACUAUCUACUUUUUUAUUUCGAAAAACUAUAUAGUGAAAGACUAUAUUCAUACGGUCUCGUAUAGAAUUGCAUUAAUACGAAAUUUCAUUAUAGAAACGCGUUAUACAUACAAUUUUGAGUAUAAAUAAACGACAAAUUAUUUAAUUUUGUGUUUGGUUUUUUUUUUUUUUGUGUAUAUACUCAAUGUAUAUUAAAUACAUUUUUUUGUUUAUUUUUAGAAAUAAAAUAAUGUGAUAUUGGUUUAAUUGUUUCAGCUAACGAAUUCGCUCUUCGAGACGGUUUGACGUCGGAAGCUUCGAGUAAUUUUCACUCCGUUUAUGUUAUGAUGUUUUCAAUAAUGGUCGUCGUUCAUCUAAUCUUCGCACACUCAAUGCAUGUCGUUGUACUUUAACCACGUGCAAGGGAACAAUAGGCGAUGGAAUGACCAUCGUUUUUUACAUGUAAUUUUGCAGCGAUUAUUAUGAAUAACUUUCCUACAUGAAAAUACUGAAUACCAUAGAUUAAAUAAUGAAAAAAAAAAAAAAAAAAACAACGCCUGAAUCGAUUUGCUACGACGGAAACGAAUUAUCAAACAUACAAGAUGUAAUACCUGCAAUGUUUUACUGUAGUAGGUACAAUAUACAUACUGUACUUACUGUGUAUACAUCAGAUACUUACUGCGUUUAGAUGCUUGUCUUUAGGAAAAUCGCAAGUGCUGAUUGUGUCAUGAUCAUUACAUAAUCAUUCCUGAGCUGGUCUAUUAAUAUUAUGUUUAUGAUUUAAAUUAUCGUAAUUAUAAUAUAUAUUAUAUAACGAGAUGAAAAUAUUAUUUUGUACACAUUUUACACGUUUUUUUGUAAUUAUUUUUAAUUUUUAAUGAAUAUUGUAUAUAUCAUUAAUUUAAUUUAAUUCUGAUCGACCAUAUUAUAUUUUAUAUUUACAUACAUAAUAUGUACUAGCAAAGACAAGAAAUAAUAAUAUGUAUCAAAACAAAAACGUACGUCAUGAUUUUAGUAAUUCUAAGUCGACUCUGAUCCAUUUUGACGUUUUCCAUUUAAGCUACUUAAGCUUAUAUAUUUUUAAUAUAAAUGUGAAUGCUUUGAAAACUACAAUAUGUUGUAUAAUCGUACAGUACCUAUAUUUAUAAAUAAUAUUCGAGAGAAUACUAAUCAAAAACAU